CCGGCAGUGAAGGGGUGAAUGACGGCAGCCGAGGAUCCUCCCUGCAGGGGCGGGAAGUCCCAGCUCUGCUCUCUGACCCUGUCCCGGCAUCCUGCUGGAGGAGCGGUUAGACCGGCCCCGUCAUGGCGGCGUGCGGCACGGACAGGCUGGGCUCCCGGUCGCUGCUGGCGGUGCUGUGUUUACUCAGUGGCUCCAGCCGGGCUCAGGACAGCGCCAUGGAGGAGAUCGUGACCGAGAAACAGGUGGAGGCCAGCCACCGCCAGGACACCGUGAACCUGCUCAUCUUCAUCCUGCUGCUCACCCUCACCAUCCUCACCAUCUGGCUCUUCAAACACCGCAGGUUCCGCUUCCUGCAUGAGACCGGCCUGGCCACGAUCUACGGUGAGCUGUGCCCCCCCACACCACCAUGCCAGCCUACACCAUGCCAGCCCAGUGUGCCCCCACCACACCAUGCCAGCCUACACCAUGCCAGCCCAGUGUGCCCCCACCACACCAUGCCAGCCCACACCAUGCCAGCCUACACCAUGCAAGCCCAGUGUGCCCCCACCAUGCCAGCCCAGUGUGCCCCCACCGUGCCAGCCCUCACCAUGCCAGCCCAGUGUGCCCAUGCCAGCCCACACCACACCAUGCCAGCCCACACCAUGCCAGCCCAGUGUGCCCACACCAUGCCAGCCCCCACCGUGCCAGCCCAGUGUGCCCCCACCGUGCCAGCCCAGUGUGCCCCCACCGCGCCAGCCCAGUGUGCCCCCACCGCGCCAGCCCAGUGUGCCCCCACCGCGCCAGCCCAGUGUGCCCCCACCGCGCCAGCCCAGUGUGCCCCCACCGUGCCAGCCCAGUGUGCCCCCCACCGUGCCAGCCCAGUGUGCCCCCACCGUGCCAGCCCUCACCAUGCCAGCCCAGUGUGCCCCCCACCACCAUGCCAGCCCACCAUGCCAGCCCACACCAUGCCAGCCCAGUGUGCCCACCCCAGCCCCACCGUGCCAGCCCCGUGCCAGUGUGCCCCCACCGAGCCCAGUGUGCCAGUGCCAGCCCCGUGUGCCCACCGUGCCAGCCCAGUGUGCCCCCACCGUGCCAGCCCAGUGUGCCCCCAGCCCAGUGUGCCCCCCAGCACAGAGUGCCAACAAUAUGCCAGCCCAGUGUGCCCACACCAUGCCAGCCCCCACCGUGGCAGCCCAGUGUGCCCCCACCAUGCAAGACCCCUCCAUGCCAGCCCACUGUGCCCCCACCAUGCCAGCCCCCACCGUGGCAGCCCAGUGUGCCCCCAGUCCAGAGUGCCCCCCCAGCACAGAGUGCCAACAAUAUGCCAGCCCAGUGUGCCCACACUAUGCCAGCCUAGUGUCAGCCUUGUGCCCACACAGUUCCCGACCUGUCUGCCCACACCGUGCCUGACCUGUCUGCCCUCACAUGCCAGUCCAUACCAUGCCUGCCCUGGCACAGAGCUUACACUGGGCUCACAAUGGACACCCCUGUCUGCCAGCUCUGGCACCAACUGGGCAUAAUGGGCUCACACUGCCUACAAAGAGCUCACUGGCACCUCCAACCACAAAGUAUAUUGCACUGCACUGGGGGUCCUGGCCAUAACUGACCCAACAGAUAGCAGUAAUGUGCUUGACAUUUGCUGCCUGAGAAUUAUGGGAGUAGUGUAGAGUGGGUGCUCCACAUGGUAUGCCCUCUCAUGCCAGGCUGUCUAACACUUCUGUAAGAUCUAUUCUAUAAAGUAAGAGUUGUUGAACAUGCACAGUGUCUGUCUUUUCAGUUGUUAUUUUGGCCUACCUAUUAAACUCACUUUGACUUAUUAACAAUUUACACUGUAGGGAGUAACCCUGUUUAUAUCAGUUAGUAUGAAGGAAUAAUCAAGAGACAAACUUGAUUAAUGGACGUGUUGCUGUCUGGUCCGAUAAUGUUAUAGUGACAUAAAAAACCUAAUCAACAUUUUAUUUAAUCUAUGUAAAGGGAGGAUACUUUUAAUGAAACUUGAGACUUUUAAUUGACUUGGCAAGUGGUUUAUGGAUGUUUUCAGGACCCCUUGAUGACAUUUUGCUUUUCUGACAGGAAUUGUCACUAGGGAGAUAAUUGCUCAAGCCAAUAGCGACCAAAAAAAAAUAACUAUUGAUUGUGAUAGUAUAUGUUUGGGCACUAAAUGUAAAACUGGUUUAACCCCUACCAUGCUGUACAGCUGGUAUACAGAUAUUGUUUCCAGUCAUCACAGCAGUUGUAAAAGUCAGACGUACAGGUGUGCUGCAUGCAUAUGCUCACUCAAUAACACCUAUAAAAACAAAUACACGCACGUUAAAAUUCCACCACUUUACCAUCAGAAAAAGAAGGGAGAUAAUGUGUAAAUCUAUUCAGUGGUAACAUGGUGAUAUUCAAAAAUGUUGCUUAGGGCACUAAAAAAAACAACUGAUGGGGAAAAAAAUCAGGCAGAUUUAACAAUUGUCAAAAUCGUUUAAGCGACACUUUAAUAAUUCUCCUACAAUGUAUUUAAAACAAUGCUUUAUUAUUAAUAAUUUUUUAUUUUAUUUUUUAUAAAGGAAUUAUUUGCCUACUUAAUGUCCAUUAACUGAAAAUAAUAAUGUAUCGACAAGCUUGGAGAAUUACCAUAAUGGGCACAUGUGCCAUAGGCUGAGAAAGUAAUGUAGAAUACAUUUAUGGGUUUAUUUUCUAAACUGCGAAAAAUUAAGGAGGAUAUUUGCAGAUUUUAUACCAAAUUAGCCGAUAUCAAGACAUUUUCUCAUUUGGAUAUUUUGGUUUUCAGUUCACGCUUCCUGUAUAUAUUCCCCUUAUUUCCCAGAUGACUGCAGUGUUGAGAUAUAGAUAUAUAUAUAUAUAUAUAUAUAUAUAUCUCUCUAUUACUAUACCAUUACAUUGUAACGCCUAUGUGUCUAACAUUUGGCUGUAGUGUUGGUCUAGUUGUCAAACAUUCUGCAACUCAACUAUGUUCAAGCUCAUUUAGAGCACUGCAUAAAACCAUUCUACAUUACUUUUAUGAAGAACGCUUAGUUGUACAAUACAAACCGAGAAAAUAGACCAGUAUUAUUGAUGGUAGAAUUGUAGGCACACUGAAUUAAACAAGAGCAGUUACUUAUUUUUGAGUGUAGAAUAAACAUUUCUUAAAGUAUUCGUUUUUCUUUUAAUAACACAGCUCCGGGCGAAGUACAUUUUUAUUUUCAUAGCCGGCGGUCUGGUUGUGCAUAAACACAAAAAGUGCUAGUUCCCCUUUAUAAGGUGGGGAUUGAAAUUCGUGGUUGCGUAAGCACAUGUAUACUAUGGGUAUUUCCUUGCCACAUAACUCAUUUUAUGUAUAUUUCUAAAUAUAUUUAAAAGGACACUUUAGUCAGCAGAACAACUAUAGCUUAAUGUAGUUGUUGUGGUGUGUGUAUAGCAGGCCUCUGCAGGCUUGUUAAUGUAAAUGCUGCCCUUUGAAGAAAAGGCAGUGUUGACUUUACUGCCUAGGAACACCUUUUAGGUGCAGUCACUCAGAUGUGCUAUGUUCAGCGUGUCCGUGCUCUGCAUGGAUGUGCUGAACGUUCCUCAUAGAGAUGCAUUAAUGCAAUGCAUCUCUACUGGGAGAUGCUGAUGAAUGCAGCGCAUUGUUUUAUCGUCCAUGCGCAAAAACUUCCCAAUGUUUUCCUUUAGGAAAUCACUGGAUUAACUGAGAUCAUCAAAUUUAAUGGCUUAGCCAUAGCGGUGGAGCGAGGGCAGAGCCAGCCACGACAAGACUAACUCGACACUGGAGAUAAGGUAAGUUUAACACCUUUUUAAAGGCAAGAGAGGGGCUUGAAACAUAAAUGGUGCUUUUAAAACUAUAGUGUCAGGAAUGCGUGUUAGUAUUGUGUUCCCUUAAAAUAACUACCCAGGUUAUGUAAUUGUUAAAGGGAUUUCAUAGUGCCAGCAAAAAAAAGGUGUUUUCCUGUACUAGGUUUCUACAGUGCCCCCUGCCUCAAACCCCCUCCCCCCCUUCAGUCACUUACCUAAAUCCAGCGCCGAUGUCCCUCAAUGCUUGAUCAGACUCCGCCCGCGCUCCUCUCCUGCAGACGGGGGAGCUCUAAUGUGCAUGCGCGGCAAUGGCUAGACUCGCAUUAGGAUUUCCUCAUGGGAAAGUAUUAAUCAAUGCUUUUCUAAGGGGAUUCCGGUGAUGCUGUCUAAUCACUCGGAAGUCCCUCUAGUGGCUGUCUCAGAAACUGCAAAAAUUACCACUGUAGGGUUAAAGGACCACUCUAGGCACCCAGACCACUUCAGCUUAAUGAAGUGGUCUGGGUGCCAGGUCCUUCUAGGGUUAACCCAUUUUUUUUAUAAACAUAGCAGUUUCAGAGAAACUGCUAUGUUUAUGAAUGGGUUAAGCCUUCCCCCUAAUCCUCUAGUGGCUGUCUCAUUGACAGCCACUAGAGGCGCUUGCGUGUUUCUCACUGUGAUUUUCACAGUGAGAGCACGCCAGCGUCCAUAGGAAAGCAUUAUGAAUGCUUUCCUAUGCGACCGGCUGAAUGCGCGCGCAGCUCUUGCCGCGCGUGCGCAUUCAGGCGACGGGGAGGAACGGAGGAGGAGAGCUCUCUGCCCAGCGCUGGAAAAAGGUAAGUUUAAACCCCUUUCCCUCUUCCAGAGCCGGGCGGGAGGGGGACCCUGAGGGUGGGGGCACCCUCAGGGCACUAUAGUGCCAGGAAAACGAGUAUGUUUUCCUGGCACUAUAGUGGUCCUUUAAGGCAUAUGGGACACUGCACCCAGACCAUUCAACGAGCUGAAGUGGUCUGGGUGUCUAUUGUGACAAUUUUACACAGUGAAGCUUUUGAGAUUAGCAACAUAUAAUUUGAUUUAACUGAAGAUGAAUGAAAAACUCCUGGCAUUAGGAAUACAAACAUGUAUUUCCAGUACUAUAGUGCAGGGGUAGGCAACCUUCGGCACUCCAGAUGUUGUUGGCUACAUGCCCCAUAAUGCUGGCAAAGCAUCAUGGGAGGUGCAGUCCAAAACAUCUGGAGUACCGAAAGUCGCCUAAGUUUGCGUAUAGUGUUUCCUCCUACCUAUGAAGGUGUUCAGCUCACCUUGUAGAGGUUUAAAAAGGUAAGUUUUGCUUUCCUUAUAUUGCUCUGCACACUGGCCUCCGCUCUGUUUAACAGUCUUGAUGAUCUCACCCAAUCCGAUUCUUCCCCAUAGUCAUUUGAGUCAUUUUUAGCUAUAAUGAAGUCUAACUUGGUUGAAGCUACGGAAGCAUUUCUUCUGGCUGCCUUCCUGAUUUCACACGAAACCUUUCCAUGCCUGCUAGCAAAUAAUAAGAAACUUGGGAAACAUUGGGCACAGGAAAACCAAUACUAGUUAGGGGAAGACUGGAGAAAUGUUGCAUUAUCUGAGCAAUAUCAUUUUUUGCUGUGGCAUAAAUAUGGUAAAUUCAGAAUUUUAUGUAAACGUCAUAAGCCCACAAAUUAAUAUUUAUUUGGGUUCAUGGUUCAUGUUGGUGGUGGUAGAACUUCUUUAUUAAAAUUCCUUUCCACUAAAUCUAAACAAACUAUAUACAUUUUUUAUUGAGAAAUUAAGGUGGGCUAUGCCUUUAAAUAAAUUAUAAACAUUUAAUACAGUGAGAAACAAAUAUAUAAAUUGAUUAAUAAAUGCAUCUCUAUAGCAAAAGAGCUAAAUAAGAGAUACAUUUAUUAAUCUAUUUAUAUAUUAGUUUUACUCACUGUAAUAAAUGUUUAUAGUGUAUUUAAAGGCAUAGCCCACCUUAAUUUUACAUGUAUUGCAAUAGAGGGUGUUUUAUCGGUUCUUCGCACUACGUAAGGUGGCUGCUGCAUCUAUGAUAUUGUCCAAUUUUUUUUAUUCUCACAAAAAUGAGCACCAUAUAUUCACUUUUGUAUUCCACAAUUAGAUAUAAUUUAAUUUAUUUGACAUUUGAAAAGUAGAAUUUCUGUUUUUAUAUUUAAAUAGUUAUUUAAUCAGUGUAAAAUUUAGGCCUAUUCCAAAAGCACACAUGUCCAACACUCCUAAUGUGUCCUUUAAUUGGCACCCAAAACAUAGCAGCAACGUUUCGACAGAAACUCUGCCUUUAUGAAGUAAUUUAGGCCAUGUAUGUCUUAACUCUUGUUAAAACUUCAUAUUUCUAAAGGCUUGGUUUACCAUGUAGAGCAUUCAGUUGCUGAUUUACUUUGAAUAGGGGCAGAUUUCGGCAACUUGUGGUUGCCUACUGAGGAAGACUGGAUUUGUAGUUGGGCUGCUGGUUGCAUAACCCAUCUUAAGUCUAUCAAGAUUAACAACUUUAUUAUCUUCUGUUAGGAUCUCCAUUUAUCUUUUUGGCUAAAGCAAACGUCACUUUGCACCUGAUUUACAGCUUCUCAUAUCUUUGUUUUUACAUUCAAAGCAGUUCUUUUAUUUUAGAUUAAGUGAAGCUCCACGAGGUUUCUACAUUGGUGUGUGUAAUUUUCCAAGUGAAGUCAUGUGUUUGUGAGCUGACUUAUCAACAAGUCCUUGAACGAGGUUACAUUACCAUCGGAAAAAAAUCCUGUGGUUUUGAGACGGAAUGGGUUGGGAUGAAAUCAGGCAUGCAUUGACAUUGAACUAGGUCCCCCACUUAUUCAUCUGACAACUAAUACUUUUAACAAUUAACAUGUCCUAUAUCCGAUGUCCAGUGUAGUGGCGCUAUCAGGAUGUACAGUGCUUUGGGAGCAGAGAAACUAUCAAAAUGGUUUCCCAUCAUCAAUACACUGGGGACACGUCAGAGACCGAGUUGAUUAAUUUGGACCCUGCUUUUAUUUUUUAUUUUAUUUUGUUUUUAUUUAUUUUUUUACAGUUUGGUAAUUUGUUUGUUUUUGUUAAUAUAGCAUUCUUGUUACCAUAAGUUUAAUAAAAACAUUCAGAUAAGAACACACACUCUGAUUUGUUCCUGUGUUCAAGCACUGGACUAUCACCUCUGCCGUGAGCCUUUGUGAGCUACUUGGUUUGUUUUCGGCUGGUUUGUCUGUUUUCAGGGCCCAGUACCCCAUGUCUGUAAGCUUCUCUCCCCAUCCCUGGAAGGGGGCUUUGGAGUUUUGGGUGACGGUGUUGCUUCCCUGUGAGUGGGAUUCUGGUAGUUACAUAAUCCUUCUUGGUUCCCGGCCCAGCAGAGGGACUUCAAAACGGAGCUCUGUCUGGAGGUUGCGCCAUGGGUGCAGGCUUCUUAGGUGGCUUUCGCCUCUCCUCUCAGCUUCUCCAAUACUGCAGGCACGUGUUGUUGAAUCUUUGCAGGAAUUCUGCUUCCCAGCUUCUUGAGAUGCAGGUGAGCUUGUGCAGCAUUGGCAUUGCCGUCGGCCAUUUUGGGAAGGCCGCAUGUAGGCCGCCACCCAUUAUUGUAGUCACAGUCAGAGAAAAGGCCACUUCUUCCACUGCCACCUUAUCUUCUGCAUAGGGCACUGGGGGUCUGUAAUAAAUUGGGCAUUUCUUCUAGCAAGGUUUCACAGACCUGUAUACAAAUUUGUUCUUAUUCAGCCCAGAGCUCUGGGUGUGUAGUCAGCUGUUUCUCCCUGUCUACUCCUCAGGGCAGUGUCUGCCAUUUUGCAGUAUGGGGAUGAUGGCAUUAAUGCCCCAGCAAGCAGCUCUGCCAAAGAAAUAUAUGAAGACCCCAGAUGGUGAAACAGCCGCUUUAAAUGUAUAUUGUGGAGAAGCAUUGCAGAGAUACAGUACAUAUACUGCAAUUGCUGCAAUCCAACAGUGCUUCUUUUUUUUUUUUUUUUUUUCUCAGUUGUUGAAUAUACUUUUGUCAGCACUUGCUAGCUGUCUGAAUAGUGGUUAUUAACCCCUUAACGGGACACUAUAGUCACCUGAACAACUUUAGCUUAAUGAAGCAGUUUUGGUGUAUAGAACAUGCCCCUGCAGCCUCACUGCUCAAUCCUCUGCCAUUUAGGAGUUAAAUCCCUUUGUUUAUGAACCCUAGUCACACCUCCCUGCAUGUGACUUGCACAGCCUUCCAUAAACACUUCCUGUAAAGAGAGCCCUAUUUAGGCUUUCUUUAUUGCAAGUUCUGUUUAAUAUUUUCUUAUCCCCUGCUAUGUUAAUAGCUUGCUAGACCCUGCAAGAGCCUCCUGUAUGUGAUUAAAGUUCAAUUUAGAGAUUGAGAUACAAUUAUUUAAGGUAAAUUACAUCUGUUUGAAAGUGAAACCAGUUUUUUUUUCAUGCUGGCUCUGUCAAUCAUAGCCAGGGUAGGUGUGGUUAGGGCUGCAUAAACAGAAACAGUGAUUUAACUCCUAAAUGACAGUGAAUUGAGCAGUGAAAUUACAGGGGACUGAUCUAUACACUAAAACUGCUUUAUUUAGCUAAAGUAAUUUAGGUGACUAUAGUGUUCCUUUAAGGACCAAACUUCUGGAACAAAAGGGAAUCACGACAUGUCACACAUGUCAUGUGUCCUUAAGCGGUUAAAUAAACUUGGCAACCAAACAGUCUAUAUAGUCUGGGUAACUAGAUAAAACGAAAAAUUUCCUCAAAGCCUCCUCUAAUUUUACAAGUGGUCUCCACUGAGUCAUCCCUUUGAGACGGGGCCCUGGCAAAACAUUCUAACACAUUUUAACCUCUUUUCUCCAAUUGAAGUAUGCAAAUAAACAGAACUGCGGUAAGAAUAAUGGCAAAUAUGAGGCCUCAUCAUAAUUCAAAAACCCAAAGGGUAGUGAUCUGUGUGUGACUGUGAACACAAACAUGAUUAUUAUAACUAUAUUAAAAUAAUUAAUAUAUAGGAACCUAUCAUUAAUUGUGCCCCCAUACACCUGCUGCUGGUAGGUGCGUUACAUAGAAUUACAGCCACGUAUAAACCAGAGUCUGUUUUGUGCUACAUUUCAUGCACAUUUUUUUUUUUUUUUAUCCUUUCAUUUCUUUUAUUGCCCUCAAGCAUUUAAAAGCACAUAUGUUGUAGUGAGAAAAUAUUACCUCACUUGGCAAACAUUUCACAUACAUACUUAAAGCUGUCAACAGAAAGCAAAGAGAAGCACUUUCUCUAUAUGAUUUUAUGUGCCUGAUACAACAGUUAAGUUUACAUCUUAGUAAGUAGUGAAACAUGGCACCACUUUUACAGGAGAGGUUUUUAAAUAAUGUAUGUUUUAUUUAGGAAAGGGUGCAACUGCCCCAGUUUAAUUUGUGUAAAAGCACAUUGAUAUAUUUGCUCUAAAAGGAGUUUUGGGCAACUGCAAAAGUGCAGAGUUAUCAUUUAUAUAGCAGCAACAUAUCUCCGCAGUGCUUACAGUCAUAGAAAGGGAUAUCUGACCACCAGUAAUCGACAUGUAAGCUAUUGACAGAGACUAAAGAUGAAGAAAGACAAAACUGGUUUACAAUUUAUGAGGAAGGGUAGAGAGAACAAUAAUGGCUGAAAAGUUCAAAGGGACAUAAUAAACAGCAUAACCACUACAGGUUGCUGAAUUUGUUCUGUUGGCUUUAUUUGUGAAAGUUUUUUAUUUUCCCCUUUUUCUUUUUAUUAAAGGAACACUAUAGGGUCAGGAACACAAACAUGUAUUACUGACCCCUAUUGUGUUAAAACCACCAUCUAGCACCCUUUGCCUCCCUAGAUAUAGUAAAAUCUUACUUGUAUUCAAGUCUGUAACUGCUGUCUCUGCCUCUGACCUGUCCCGUCUGCUGAUGUCAUCACAAGUGGUGGUCUGAGCCAAUCACAAUGCUUCCCCAUAGGAUUGGCUGAGACUGUCAAACAGGCAGAUUAGGGGCAGAGCCAGCACAAUUCAAACACAGCCCAAGCCAAUCAGCACCUCAUCAUAGAGAUGAAUUGAAUCAAUGCAUCUUUAUGAGAAAAGUUCAGUGUCUGCAUGCAGAGGGAGGAGAUACUGAAUGGCAGUGCUGCUGACUAUGCAGCACUGCCCCAGGAAGCACCUCUAGUAGCCAUCAGAGGAGUGGCCUGUAGAAUUAUCACUAGGCUGUAAUGUAUACACUGCAUUUUCACUGAACAGACAGUGUUGAUAGAAAAUAGCCUGAAAUGAAUGAUUCUACUCACCAGAACAAAUUCAAUAUGUAGUUGUUCUUGUGACUAUAGUGUCCCUUUAAGGGAACCUAUAGUCCCCAAAAUUACAAUAAUUUCAGGACUAUAGGUUUCCUUCUCUCCAAACCCUUUAUUAAAUGUAACUUUUUAAUAAAGAUUAAUAACCUCUUUUCCAAUGCUGGGAUUCUGCUGCUACUGCUCACUCCGCCUUUGGAUACGUCAGCAUGCAUGCUGAUAUCUUCCACAAUCUGGUCCAAUCUAUAUUGUCUUCUUAUAGAGAAACAAUGGAUUGGAACUAGGCAUGCGUGGCUAAACGCUGCGCUCCUCCAAAUGUUAUCAGCAGCACUUGAUUCCAGGACUAAGUAAGGAAGAUGGCCACUAGUGGUAUAUGUAACCCUCCAAUGUAAAUAUUGGUGUGUCUUUUUUUUUGUUGUUGUUGAUUUUUUUUAGAAACUGCAAUCUACAAUGUUUUUCAGGGAUAAAAAUGACACUGUACCCUUUGACUUCAUUUAGAUUAAAUGGUCUGGGUGACUUAAGUGGCCCUUUUAAAUUCUUUUACUGGGGAAAAUAAUUGAACAGGUAUAAAGCCAGACAUGAUUGACAACACAUAGUAAUAUACUGGAAAUUCCACAUAUGGUCCAUACCCUAUUUUUUUCCAUAAAAGUAUAUGUUUACGCAUAUAUAAUGCUCAUUGACCCCUAAACAAAAUGUUAAUGAAGACUAAAAUCCUUCUGAGGAUUUAAGUAGUCACCUAGUCUCUGUGUAUGGCAUCUGAGGCACAUAUUGGUUAAUUUUGUAAAUAAACCAAUUAUUGCAAGCUGGUCGGGAGGGCAUAGCGACAUAUCCCAACAAAUAAGGUGGUAGUCCAAUCAAUCUCAAGAUGCUUUUGCUAAGGCACCAACUUGAAAGACAGAGUUCCCAUAGGGAAUAACUAGCGUCUGAGAGAUACCCCAGUGGUUCUUGAUACCUUUAGACUGUAGAAACAAAGUAAAAGGCUAGAGGCCACUCUAGUGUGGCUCGUGUAAGGUCAGCAAAGAAUGUUAGAGAAUGCCCUUCAAAAAGUCUUACCCUGUGAGCAGAUAAGAGUGCAGUCUUUUCCCAGCCAUUGUGAAACUGUACCAGCUGGUCACUGAAGGCUGCAGCAGGGACCCUGACAACUUUCUGACCGUAAAUUAUUCCUUCUAGUUGGGUGGCUUUUGCCCAUUUUGGUGAUAGAUCGGCACAUAACAUCCAAAUGAAAUGAGACAAGUCUUUAAAUGCAAUUAUAUGAGAGACUUCUCAGUUUGUGAGUUGUUCUUGAUUCAUCGGACAGCUUGCGUUUCUGGAUCUCCACAGAGUUAUGCGUUGUACUCUGUAAUAUGUCGAAGGUUUCUUUUUCAUAGCCCACCCCUUUAAAAGUUGAUCAAAUCAGUAUUUCCUUGCUGUACAUUUAAAGGACCACUAUAGUGCCAGGAAAACAUACUCGGUUUCCUGGCACUAUAGUGCCCUGAGGGUGCCCCCACCCUCAGGGUCCCCCUCCCGCCCGGCUCUGGAAAGGGGAAAAGGGGUUAAACUUACCUUUUUCCAGCGCUGGGCGGAGAGCUCUCCUCCUCCGUUCCGCCCCGUCGGCUGAAUGCGCACGCGCGGCAAGAGCUGCGCGCGCAUUCAGCCGGUCACAUAGGAAAGCAUUCAUAAUGCUUUCCUAUGGACGCUGGCGUGCUCUCACUGUGAAAAUCACAGUGAGAAGCACGCAAGCGCCUCUAGUGGCUGUCAAUGAGACAGCCACUAGAGGAUUAGGGGGAAGGCUUAACCCAUUCAUAAACAUAGCAGUUUCUCUGAAACUGCUAUGUUUAUUAAAAAAUGGGUUAACCCUAGCUGGACCUGGCACCCGGACCACUUCAUUAAGCUGAAGUGGUCUGGGUGCCUAGAGUGGUCCUUUAAAUUUUGGGAUCCUGGCUCUUGUUGGUAAUCAAUAUCCCAAGAACUGUAUUUGUCCCUAUGUUUAUCUGUCUGUUUCUAUUGGGUAUAUAUCAUUGGGCUUUUGCUGUUGCCCUGAUAUCAUAAACAGUUCUUGUUGAUGGCACAUUAACCUGUUUAGAACAGUAUGGAACAGAGGAAGGCAACUUUCAGCACUCCAAAUGUUGUGGAAUACAUCUCCCAUGAAGCUCUCUCAGCCAUAUAGCUGGCAAAGCAUCAGGGGAGAUGUAGUUUACAACAUCUGGAGUGCCGAAGGUGCCUAGCCCUGAUAUAAAACAUGCAUUUUCAAACAUUUUGUAAUUUUUGAAUAUGAUAAAAGAGAGACCAUAAGCACUAUAUAGCUUUUAGUGUAGACCAGGGCUGUCCAACCUGCGGCCCCCCAGAUGUUGCUGAACUACAACUCCCAUGAUUCUUUCAAUGAAACAGAUAGCCAGGGAAUCAUGGGAGUUGUAAUUCAGCAACAUCUGGGGGGCCGCAGGUUGGACAGCCCUGGUGUAGACCAUCUAAGAUUUCUUGGGGCUAUCUCCCCAUUUACUAUCAUAUUUGAGUGGUUUGACAGAAAAUAAACAGGUUCCUGUGAGUUUCACAUUUACGUUGACUGUCCUUAUCUGUCCUGCGGUCACAUCAUAUUAUUAGCAUCCAACGUUUUGAUAGGUUUGUUUGAAUAUGUUAACUCAACGUUACUGGCCGUAGAGAUAUGCUUUGGUGCUAGGGGAGUCCUGGGUUUCGUCAAGCCAGUUUGAGCAGUUUGACAACAAUGGAGGAAAGCACCCAGUGACUCCUUGCACCAUAACCACAAAUAAGCUUUAUGGUUUUGGUUCUGUUCCUUUUAAUUCUACUACAGUCAACCUUCCUAACAGACUAAUUUGCUUAAAUCAACACAAAAAUAACCCCAAUAAAGCAAGAUUUUGCUCCAUGUUUAGUGAAGAAAUAAUUUAACAUACAAACAAUUUCUAAAUACAGUAUUCAAAUAUUUGUGAAAUUCGGCAUCUGUUUUUUCUCUAAAAUGCUUUUGGUACUGAACUACAUUUUAUAUCUAAUCUGUGCUGUGGUCUUUCGCUGUCCAGGUCUUAUUGUUGGCGUGGUACUGCGAUACGGAAUUCAUGUUCCCAGCGACGUGAACAAUGUUACCGAGAGCUGUGAGCUGCAGACCAGCCCUGCCACUCUGAUAAUGAAUGUCAGCGGCAAAUUCUAUGAGUAUACCUUGAAGGGUGAAAUCAGUCCCAAGGAACUCAACAAUGUGCAGGACAAUGAAAUGCUUCGAAAGGUAAGAAAUGCACUUGUAAUAUUGCCCCGUUUGACUUCCAGUUUAACUUCAAGUGUUUAAAAAAACCCUGUAGAAAGAAAAGCGAAGAGAACAAAUGCUCUGUGAACAGAAAAUUUGCAGCCAGCAACAUUUUCUCACAGUACUGCAGCGAUAAAAAAAAAACAAUGUCCCAUUUACCUCCACGGACUGGAGUUGCAUAACUACUGUAUUGGAGUGCCAAGAAUGUGAUGGAUAUUCUAGAUAAACCUGUAGGCCUGAAGAAAGCAGUUCUUUGUUGCAGUGACCUGCGCGGUCUGCUUAUCUAGUAUCUGAAAGGAAAUCCGAGAUAUUACAAAGGUUGAAAACAGUGAAUUGUUUUUAUUAGUUGCGUUUAAAACACAAGUGAAUGAGGUUUACACAUGAGCGUUGCACUCUACUUAAUGGGUUUAAAGUAAUCAAGAAAAAUAUGUAUCUAGAUUGUUAUUAAUGUAAAACUGAAGUCUGCAUCUAAAUGGAUCCUCUACGGUGUAACGGAUUUUAUUUAUAUUGUAUUCUGUAGACAUUGCAUAUAAACAGGCAAAGAAUACUUGGUUACUGCAUUUGCUGCAAAUGCCAAAAGUUUGCAAAAAAAAAUGUCAACACCAUAAAUGAGGCGAAUAUCUUUCAUUUAGUACUGGUGGUCUCACUAUUUUUAAUGAGACAGUUGAACAUAUCCCGUCAAACUCUGCUGUGUCACAUGACUGAAAGUGCAUUCCAGGUUAAUUUAAGUAGUGGCUGGUGUCAUCUUACCGAAAGCUCCAUUCAUAGUGUUUCACAAGUGCCACGAUAGAGAUGGCUUUGUGGUUAGUGACUUCACAAAUCACUGUGAAUUAACUUUUUUAAAUGUUUCAUUAUAAACCUAUUAUUUGCUUAAGUUUUAAUUUCAAGAGGAUAUUUAUUACACUGAUCAGACUCCCUUUCGUCUCCCCCUGUCAGGAUGUUGCAAGGUUAAGAGAUAAAUCUGUCAGGCAUGCACAAUAUACUUUCCCUGGAGUGGGUGUGGAAAGCAUAAGAAAGAAAAAGCAAGUAAAUAUUAGUCAUAUUUACCUGCUUUUCCAACCAGCAGAGUGAGGCAACUGUCUUAUUCACAGCUAAAGUUUUUGAAUGAGACAGUUUUCUUAAAAGGGUGCAUGUCCCUUUAAAGCUCUUAUCUUGUCUUUUUGUGUUCUAUUAUUCUUACUGGAUUGUGGUGAAAAGCGUUCAUUGGCCUGGGCUUCCCAGAAAAGGGUUUUUAUUAUUUUACAGUUAAAAUACUACAUAUUAUCUGUCAGAGCCCUGCUACAAUGCAGUUUAUGAGCAAGAAGUAGCACCCAUGUCACGUGUUAUCCUACCAUGACUAUUACAGCAUCAGCUGAUAAAUGGCUUGUGUUGUGUUAUAUUAUCAUGCUCUUGGCUUUCAGUGGCUUAUUAUUGUAGUGAUUUUGUACAUAUCGCUGCAGCAAUAUUAUGACCUCCACCCUCGAAUGUGUGAGAGAGCUGAAUGCCUAGUUACCCAUUGUCUAUUUGCAAUUUGGGAAAAUUUUGUGUGGCCAGAAAGAGGUUUGAGCCGUGACUGUGCGCAUGCUCGGUUGACGGAUCUGCACAUUGCUGAAUUUACUAAAUAGUAAGGCUGCUGUCACUUUAUAGAGCAGUUUCACUCAUACUUUAUAAUGAGUGGAAAUCCUUCUGGGAAUAAAAUUCUUAUCACAUAGAGCCCAUUGAACAGGAUGUAGAUCAGACCUCAUAGACCAGAAUGUGAAGCUCUGAUUGCUGCUUUUUUUUUAAAUAUAUAUAUAUAAUUGUUUAUCCAUACUUUCUUUCAAAUGCUUGUCAAGGCUGUAAUGUCAGGUGCCAAAGGCAAGCAUUCCAUGUUUCACUCCAAUGUAGUUAGAAAAUGCUUAUUGUUUUUGGCAGAUUAGGAUAAGGUAAGAACAUUCCAAGUUGACACACAAACCUGUACACUUUAAAUGGCAUAGAUUUUUAAUUAAUUGAAAGUACAUUAGAGGUGAAUGUACAAUGAAACACGGCCUCUUUAUUGCAGCCAAUGUGUUAAUAAACUGUAUGAGAUUAGUAAUCACUAAUGUUUUUAAUCUGUUUUUGCUCUUUCCGAUCUCACAAGAGCUGUUGCAGUUACUAUAAGCAGCCUUUUAAAGGUUCAGCUUCGCAAUAAAUCUUGCUCCAUCUGGAAUCCUUUACAGCACAAAACUGGUAUUUACUGCCUCGAUCUGCAGUAUUUUAUGUUUAGUUUGACUUGCCUACACCUUGCCUUGUUCCUAGCUCUCUGCUCAACAUGGUGUUAGUAGAAGGAAGGCAGACUCUGGGGAACAAUUCACAGAUUAGCACAGUGCAAAAUAAGCAGGUACAUGGAAAAAUCACAGUGUUAAUGACUGACGUUCUCAACCUGUCAGCGAAACCCAGUCCAAGGCUUCCUGAUUCAAGCCCCGGACUGCGGCAGAAAUAGCUUGUAGUAUAUAGUUUAACCACUUGAAGUAAACCGGUGCCUGGGGACCUCCUUGCACCACAACAACUAUAAUACAAUUGUGUUGUUUUGGUGCCCGGAGUGUCCCUUUAAUUGAGUCAUUCUCUGAUUUGACGAGAACUCAUUGCACAAGCUGCAAAGCCUAAAGAUUUGCGGUCAAUGCGGAAACUUCAAACACAGAGUUUUAUUUACCAACAAUUUUCUGAGCUUUGCUAUAUAAAACCGAAAAUGAAAGCUAAAAUAAUGUGAAUCAAAAAAAGAGAGCUGAAGAGAACAAUGCUAAAACUAGGUUGAAAAGGAUGCAGACCUAAACUUAUCUUAUCCUUCUUCAUCCUCCGGUAAAGUUGUUAUAUUGGAUGUUAGAAGAUGGUCAGCAUUUGCAAAUCUUUUGUAUAGAGAUAAUUAUCAGGACAAUACCUUCUCUUAGAAACCUUAUUCUCAAUAUCACGAACGAUAGAAUUUGGUGUCACAGUUUAGAUAAUCUCUGCAGUUGUACAGAAAUAUAAAACAGAGCUUGAUUUUGGAUUGGUUUUACAUUUGAAGACGUUAUGAGGGAUUUAAAGGGUUAUGAGGGAUUUAUUAAUAUUUAUUUUUGUGGGGUCCCUUUUGUAUACACCAUCUGAUUUGAAAUAGGGUUGAAGUGUGCAAAUAUGGAAUUUGUCUUAGAUGCACAUUCGGCCAAAACAAUUGAGUCUCCUACUGGGGAAUUUUAUGAGAAAAGCUCUUAUAGAGUGAUAACAUAAAAAGGAUCAUUGUUACUAACAAACCAUAAUUUAUUUUUGCUUUUUCUCUGGUGAUUCAAAUUAGAAACAAUUGUUACUUGUAGCUAACUCUGCUAAUAAUUAUUUAGUUCACACACAGAGGAAUCAAAUCCUUUCUGCCUACACAUAGUAUUGUAUAUACUUGUUUUUUCUACUCCUGAUUUUGAGCAUAAUGUUUUUAACAGAAUAUAUUAAAGCUUAUGUUUUAAAUAAUUUAAUGUCCUGAUUAUCUCUAUACAAAAGACUUGUAUAAGUGCUUUUAGGGUUAACCCUCAUAAUUAAGCUUGAGAUGCAGGACAUGCUUGGAUAUAUGUAUCACUGGUGGUGUGUUAGUGGUAUGUCUUUAAGGACGAUGGUCAGGUAUAUCUAAUUUUUAAAACUUUAACUUGAUACGUUUGGUCUAAUUUUUGUUUUGCCUCUGGGAUUGUAUGGUCUUUACAAAGACGUGAACAUGUUUUGUAAAUAAAAUGAAAAAAAAAAAGUGUAUUGGUGCCCCCCAUGUGCCCCUGCUUCAUAUAUCUGUUCCUUAUACAGUGACAUUUAAUUUAUCAAAAAGGCAGGCUUAUGAAACAUAUACUGUACGUAAAUCCCCAUUAUUUUUGUCAGGUGUUAAAUUUUUAUUUAUUUAUUUUUAAUUCUGUGAGCUUUGAAGUUGCUAUUUGGUAAAUGAAUGAGUGACUGCGCUGGAUCUUGUAUGUAAUAUAUAUAUGUUAAGAAUACACAAGAUCCAAGGGUUACUCCAACCCUUUUUGACCUUUGCCUUUGGGGGCUUACAAUGUAUUGGUUGUUCCAAAAGACCCUCCCCCCCAAAAAAAACAAAAAAAAACAAAACAAGGCAAGUUGUAAUCCAGCCGGACAAAGAUCCCAGCACCAAUCUCCCUCCCUAUCUGAAAUAAGCAAGGGCAUUGCGCGGUCCAAUCACAAUCUUCUCCUAGAAAAGCCUGUGAUUGGAUUUUUUCUCCAACACAGAGCAUGGAGUAACCUAUUAAUAAUCUCCUCCUUUCCAGCACCGCCAUGUGAAGGUAGAAAUAAAAGAAAAAAACUGGCAGAUAAUAACAACUAGUAUUUAUAUAGCACUAUAUAGCAUUUUUCUUCCAGUGGGACUCAAAGCACGCUCUCGGAAUUAACCAAAUCGGCAGCUAAAUAGUAAUAGAUGUUAUUACCCAAUUGAUGGUAAUCAUUUUGUCAACCUCGGAAGGAUGAAGGACUGAGUUGACCCUGCCGGGAUUUGAACCUGUGACCUUGCAUUUUUGAACAGGCUUGUUGAAGUUCACAUUUCCUAAGCAAGAGCAGAACAUAUCUACUUAGAAAGAAGGGGGGGAGGUUAAGCUUUAAAAUGAGGAUUAUGGCUGCCGUGGCACCAGCUGACACUCUCAGCCAGUCAGUGGGUCCCUAUUUACAAAAACGGCUUAAGAAAAAUACAUACAUUUCUCAAGUCAUUUUGUGAAUGGAGAGUCACUCAUCGGCUGAGUGCAUCAAUCAUAAUCUUCCGUUUUUUUAGCAAACUGAAGGACAGGGGGCAGAGAGAAUCCAGUGCUGGAACACAGACUUUAGGGUUAAACCAUUCACAAGCAGUUUAACCCCUAAAGGUGAGCCAGCACCAGGGACCUAAUGGCAUCGUAACAAAUUAUUUUUAAUUAGGUUGUUAUGGUUCCCAGAGUGUUCCUGUGAGGAUCGGUGUUUUUGUUUGGUUUUUCAGUUUAUUUUUUUAUUAUAUCUUUAUUUACUUGGAAUUCUUGUGUGCCAUGUCAGGAAAACUUUUUUGAACUGCGUCUAACAACAAAUUCAUCUAAAAUAUAUUGGUAAAUUUUCCUGUUUUUGUGACAGUGUAUUAACAUUGGCUAGUGCUGUAAUUACUCUGCCUUUCUAAUGAAAACACUUGUAUAACAAUUUUAUACAUGUCCACUCAGUGUAUGUGUUUUAUUCUAAAUGUGUUAUUGACUCUAAGAAAAUAGCAUAUUAGAUCUGAAUCAAAAAUGUAAUUUCUUCCUUUAUUUUCAGGUUACAUUUGAUACCGAGGUGUUUUUCAAUAUUCUCCUUCCGCCCAUUAUAUUUUAUGCUGGUUAUAGCUUGAAAAGGGUAAGUAGGUGAAAUGGUCUCCAUGUUUAAAUCAUACAUAGAAUGUACACCGAGGUUUAUUUACUAAACUGGGAAUUGUCAGGAAAUAAAAAAUGUUCACUUUGUUUAUGCAACCCUAGUCAUACCUUCCUGCAUGUAAUGUGCACAGCCUAAACACUUCCUGUAAAGUGAGAUCUAAUAUUUACACUUCCUUUACUUCACAGUCUGUUUGAUUUAGAAUUUCAUAUCUCCUGCUCUGUUUAUAGCUUGCUAAACCUCCUGUUUGUGAUUAAAAUUCAAUGUACAGAGAUGGAGAUAAAGCAAGUUUACAUCUGAUUGAAAAUUAAACCACUUUUUUAUGCAGGCUGUUUGAAUCACAGUCAGGGGAAGUGUAGCUAGGGCUGGAUGGACAGAAAUACACAUAAUUUAUCUCCUAAGUGGCAGAGAAUUGAGCAGUGAAAUUUCAGAGGUAUCAUCUACACCCAAAUGGUUGUUUUGGGGACUAUAGUAUCCCUUUAACUAGUCUCUGUACAGCUGUUUACCCCAUCUAUCACUCUACGUUCCUUGUUCUUCAACAACCUGACCCUACCUUGUUAGUCUAAUGUAUAUGUUUAAUAUGUAUGUCACAUACUUUUGUAACCUAGCGAUGUCCUUUCGGAUACAUUACACUAUUCUUUCACCUUCUGUGUCAUUAUACCUACUUACUGGGCUGAAUGUAUGUUUGUAUGAAUAUUGUUCUUGUUUCCAUAAAACUCUAUUUCCUCUUUUUACAUGUACCUGUAUAUUUUGCUUAUCUGUUUCUCAUUGUUGGAGAUUGUAGUUACCAAAAAUUUUAAUAUUAGUAUAGUUAUAGUCAGAGGAUAUGUGGCAACUGGAAGCUAGGCUUAUUUGUUGAAACAUCUGAGUGUAUAUAGUGUAACACAUCCAGAGCUCGUCCAGUGAGAGUUCUAAGGAAAUUAUAUGUUAAAACCAUCAAUUACAUGUGGCUUUUACUGUUUGAAGUAAGACUUAGAAAUACAAUUCCAUCAUCUUCAGAUAUUUGCCUUCUGAACCAUAUAACUUCAUACACCAUCAGUGUUAUUGCUACAUUAGAUGUGUUUGCAUCUGUUUUUUUACAACAGCUAAGUAUUGCACCUCAGUUCUCUACACAUAACUAUUCUUUUCCUCUUUUUAGUGUUAUGGAUUUUUAUAUGGUAAAAAGGCUAUUUUGAUAUUUUGGUUUAUGGCUCAUUACCACAAACGUUUUGCUUCCAGUAUUUGUAGUUCCUUAUUGUUCAAACCUGUUCUGUUAAAGGUAUAAGUUUGUUAAUAGAUUUAAACCUUGCUUAUAUAUGUUUUAAAAAUGUCCUGACAGAAUUGAGUGUACAAGUGGUGGUUUCUUUAUUAAAGUCGAGAAUAAGCUGCUUGAAUCCAAAAUAUAAUGAAAUAACGUGAUUUAUUCUGCCGUAUGCAGAGGGUUGGAGUGUUCUUCAUGCUGUUGAUAAAUUUUAUUUUAAUAUUUUUACUAUUUCUUUUCAUACAUAAAGUAUCUGUGGGUUUUGCCUAUGCUGCGUAGUGGACAGGCAACUUUUCACUACAAUAAAAUAUGAACAUAUAAAAAAACAAAACAAAAAAAAAAACUCCCGCCACUCAUGUUUUUAUUUUUUUAUUGUUCCAAGUUCAGCAGUGGGGUCUCAGGGUUACAUUUAAAAUUAGUUAUUAAAGUGGUAUCAAAUGACUAUGAAGGCCAAAAUGCAGAAUUGCUUAGACACCGAUUUAAAUAGAAAAACCUGACGAAAAAGAUCAGAAGAAUAAAAUGACUCCUGUCCUAACUUACACGUGCAGCAUCCCACAACAGUUAAUAUGCUACCGCGUGCUAAGUAUUGUGAAGAUGUUCAGCUGGGUGAGAGUGCACACAGACCAUGUACCCAUCGCUGCUGCCCUGUUGCAGGAGUUUAGAUUUCGUGGAGUAUCUUUCAGGCUACACAGUUGAUCAUGCUAUUCCCAGCACGGAGUAUAGGCAACAUGUUUAAUUUUGUGUUGCACAUAUUGUAAUAUUAUAAAGUGUGUCGGGUUUUUUGUUUGUUGUUUUAUUGGAUGGAGUGAAUGUCUAACUGGGUGUGAUCAUUGUGUGUUCUAGAGGCAUUUCUUCAGAAAUUUAGGCUCCAUUCUCGCUUAUGCAUUUCUUGGCACAGCAAUAUCCUGCUGCGUUAUAGGGUGAGUACUCUUUAUGGUUUUUCUUUACCAUAUGUCAUAACUGGCUUAUCGAUUUGAAAUGAAUAGGUAUAUUCUUUUUUUAAUUUUAGUUAAUAGGUUGUAUGUAUAUGUAGGCUGCAUAAGAUGCAAUUACAAAUAAAGAAAAUGUACAUUUUCCUUAUUUGGCAGACUUUCUAGCAUUAAGGUAUUCUCUAUUGCCAGGAUCACAAAGCAGUUUUUCUGGCACUAUAGAAUCCUGCUCCCCAUCCCACGUCGCUGAAAUGGUUGAAACCCCUUCAGACUCUUACCUGACUCCAGUGCCUAUGUUCCUUGGUGCUGGGUCAGGCGCAAUAGGUCUCCCCUGCCGGCUGACUUCGGUGGGGGAGGAGCGUGGGCGGACCAUGCUCCUCCCCCACCAAAGUCAGCCGGCAGGGGAGACCUAUUGCGCAUGCGCAGCAAUGGCCGUGUUCGCAUUAGGAUUUCCCCAUAGGAAAGCAUUAUUUUUUUUCAAUUUGACAAUUUUUAUUAGGGUUUUGGGAUAUAGAAAGGAAAGAGGGAUUUCAGGGGGUGAUUGUCAAUCAAGUAAUCGAUGCAUUGUUUGUCAAGAAAACAUAAUGUCAACAUGGUAACAUAAAAAUAACAUAAAGAUAAUAUAGAGAUACAUUUCCAGUAUCUGGUUAGUUCUUCUGGGUCUACCAUCUGUUCCGUUCUGUCAAGGAAAGCAUUACUAAAUGCUUUCCUAUAGGGAUUCCGGUGCCGCUGGAAGUCCUCAUGCAUAGCGCGAGUACGCCCAGAAGUCCCUCUAGCCACUAGAGGAGGACUAACCCCUGCAAGGUAAUUAUUUCAGUUUCUCAGAAACUGCAAUAAUUACAUACUCUGAGUUAUGUGACAAGGGACAGUGCACGCAGACCACUUCCAUGAGCUGAAGUGGUCUGGGUGCCUACAGUGCCCCUUUAAGCUAUAGUUGCUAUGCUUCUAGGAGUGCUCCUUUAAUGCAGUUGGAAAAGAGGUGUGUGAUAUGAGGGAGCAAGUAAAUCAUGUGUUCUGGACAGUGCAACACACCUGAAAUUCUGUGUUCAUCUCUUGCUUUCCCAGAUCUCUCAUUUAUGGCUGUGUCAAACUGAUGCAGGUGACAGGAACCCUCGCAGGAAAUUUUUACUUCACAGACUGCCUAUUUUUUGGUGCCAUUAUAUCUGCAACUGACCCAGGUGUGUGUUAAUGUGCUAAUCUGCUCAUCAUUAAUGUGCAGCAAGCUUUAAUUAUCCUCUAGAAGGCUUUUUAGCAGGUCUUAUCUGAUCAAAUUUUACACUAAUUGUUAUAAUGUGCCCUUUGUUUUGUAUCUGUUUAUAAAGCAUGAGUAUAUUUUGCAGUUUUUUCAGUAGCUGAGGUGUUAAAGGAAGACUCAACGCACCAUCACCACUACAGAGAGCUUUAGUGGUUAUGGUAUUUUGUCACCACCCCUCCCUCCCAAUGUGAGUUGUCAAACUGUUUUCUAAAGGUUUGAUUUCUUGCUGGGGAAUGGUAUGACUUCUUACUGGAGGUCCGCCGAAUGCUGCUCCUUGCCUUCUUACAGCCAAAAGUGAGAGCUAGAAGCGCCUAUUGGGUGUCUCCUUAGCUUUCCCGAGAUAAGCCCUGUUGAGAAGGGCCAGCUCAUUGGCUGAGAGGAUCAGCUGAUUGAUUCCAGUCAAUAAACCAGGUGCUGUACUGUUGGGUUUAACUCAGGAGCUUCCAGCUUUAAGAAAGAAGGGUUUGACACUUUAACCCCUUAAGGACCAAGCUUCUGGUAUAAAAGGGAAUCAUGACCUGUCACAUGUGGCGAAACCAACCUGGCCACUGGAGGAGCCUGGUUGCCCACCGCUUGCCGCUGGACCAUGGCCCUGCAUUAAAAACCUUUUAUUUUCCUUAUGUGAGCAGUGUUACCCCAGAUAGCUAAGCCAUAGAGCCCAUUCGUAUACCGAAAGACUAUGGGAAAGACUUUGGCUCCAUGGCGAUUGAACUGUAUGCAUGUGAUCUGAGCGCCAUCCGGUAUUAAUGUGCGCUCAGAUCUAAGCUAUCUGGGGAUAGGUAGAAUGUAUAUGUUCUAUGUGAUGAAUUUAACAGUAUGUAAUUUUAUGUCUUUUACUCUCUUUUUACUGCCAUGUGGUUAAUGGAGUUUUGCCUCUGUCCUUGGAGAUAAUUGGAUUACUUCCCCAUUAUCUCCAGGACAGAGAGGAGGGAUUGUGAUGCAUUGUGGGAUUACCUGCGACUCAUCAAUGAGGCCCGGGAAGGGACAACCGGUCCUCUUCCCCAACAGCAAUCAGCGGUACCCAAGGUGGCGGACCUCCUAGACUGGUCCUGCGAGAAUCCCCAGCGGCAGUAUUUAUCCCAGGGAGCUGAAGGUGCCAUCCUUCCUCCCCAGUGGCAGUGUGUGUCCUUAGGAGAGGAGACAGUUGGUCCCUCUCCCCAAUGGUCAAAUGAAUCCCAGGGAGCCAAAGGUGCCAUCCUUCCUCCCCAGCGGCAGUGUGUGUUACAGGGAGCCGAAGGUGUCGUCCUUCCUCCCCAGCGGCAGUGUGUCCUGCCGGGAGCAGAGACAGUCGGUCUCGCUCCCCAGCCGCGGGACAAUAUAUCGAAAGGGGAGACAGUCGUUUCCCAUCUCCACCAGCAGAAAGAUUGUUAGGGAAAGGAGCUUGUUAUCCCCUCUCCCCAGCGGCUGAAAGUAUGUAUGGGAGAGGAGCUUGUUACCCCCUCUCCCCAGUGGCAGCCUAGCCCACCAAGGGGAGAUAAGCCCCACACCGGCGCAGAUGGGACCGUAGUCUCUGUGCCCAAACCACAAGGGGUAGGGACGGUCGGUCCUGUCCCCCAUCAGCAGGACUGGUUUCCCAAAGGGGAGACAGUCGGUCUCCCCCUACAGCAGCAGCACCAGAUCCAGAGAGGGCAGCAUACUACCCCUUCUCCUCAGCGGGGCUCCAACCAGGCUACUCCCGUUAUAGCGCUGGCACCAGGGCAGAGUACCGCUGGUCUCUGCCCACUCAGCAACCCACUGACCCGGAAUAGCUGCACCCCACACAGCAGUGGUGAAGCACCUGGACAAAGGCAAGCUACUCAUUUCCCCAAGUGUAGUAACCCUUUAUUGUAGGUGGGCUGUACUACUGAUUGGCUUCUGUGGGUGGGUUGCUGGACUAACCAGGGCACUGACCGACAUGAGGUUAGAUACCCUGUUAGUCUGAUUGAUAAAGGGGAGAAAUGUGGCGGAACCAACCUUGCCACUGGAGGAGCCUAGUUGCCCACCGCUUGCCGCUGGACCAUGGCCCUGCAUUAAAAACCUUUUAUUUUCCCUAUGUGAGCAGUGUUACCCCAGAUAGCUAAGCCAUAGAGCCCAUUCGUAUACCGAAAGACUAUGGGAAAGACUUUGGCUCCAUGGCGAUUGAACUGUAUGCAUGUGAUCUGAGCACCAUCUGGUAAUAAUGUGCGCUCAGAUCUAAGCUAUCUGGGGAUAGGUAGAAUGUGUAUGUUCUAUUUGAUGAAUGUAACAGUAUGUAAUUUUAUGUCUUUUACUCUCUUUUUACUGCCAUGUGGUUAAUGGAGUUUUGCCUCUGUCCUUGGAGAUAAUUGGAUUACUUCCCAAUUAUCUCCAGGACAGAGAGGAGGGAUUGUGAUGUAUUGUGGGAUUGUAAGCUUGUGAUUGGUUAAGGUCCAAAAUGUUUCCCAGUUUCCCAUCUGGUCCCCUAGGGGAUUGUCCACCAGGUGGGAGACCUGCAUAAAAGCCGGGCAGUUAGCCCCAGUAAACCAUAUUCUGCUUAACCCUCAAAACGAAGUGUCGUCUCGUUAUUGGGGGAAUUGGAUUGUAUGCUGACUGCCAGGAGUGUAAACCUUUCGUAUGGUUUUUCCUGUUUGGCUGUUUCCAGUAUUCGGGUAGUUUGCAGUUCGGGAGAUUGGUGCUUACAUUAGCUGCCUGUGCAUCUGGGAAGGGGAAUAUCGCCUAAACGGCUUUUAACCUCUUGUGUGCAAAACGGUCCGUUACAUCACACGUCAUGUGUCCUUAAGGGGUUAAAUCACUGUAGUGGUCAUGGUGUUUGAUGUAACCUUUUAAAAUAAGGAGCCCACCAAGAAUUGUUAAACACUGUCUUUAACUUAACCCCUUAAGGACCAAACUUCCGGAAUAAAAGGGAAUCAUGACAUGUCAUGUGUCCUUAAGGGGUUAAAUUGUACAUGCAUUUAUUAUGAUCCCUGAUCAAGGCAGACUGUAUGAGAUGAUGAGUAUAAAUGUGUUUAUUUGGGGGAAAAAUGGAUUUCAAGUGCCAACGCCUCUCCUCCCUUCUUUUUAUUUUAUAAAUGGAUCGUAGAAUAGAUAGAAUUUAUUUCAGUGUUAUACUCCCAAAAAUUCACUUUAUUUGUGAGUGAAGUAUCUUCAAAUUCUAAAAAGAAAAAGUAACUCAGAAUUGCUGGUAGAAAAAGCAUUUUUGAAACAAUAUCUGGAAACCUGCCUCUUAAUUUAGCCCUGGCUCCAGAUUAUUUUAUAUCAGAGACAUGUGAUUAGAACUGGAAAAUAUAUAGAGCUAUGUCAAAACCUCUCUUUACCACAAACCCAUAGAUUUCGCUCUAUGAAGAAAUCCAAAGACUAUUUUAAACCAGCUAACCCCAUGUGUAUUUCUUUGUCUGUUUCCAGUGACCGUUCUUGCUAUAUUCCAUGAGCUUCAAGUUGAUGUGGAACUGUAUGCCCUUCUGUUUGGAGAAAGUGUCUUGAACGAUGCAGUUGCCAUAGUAUUGUCCUCGUAAGUCACUUGUUUCCUCCUCCCUACUUAUAUUGAUUGACUGUAUUUAUUUUGAAACUUCUGCUUAAUAUUUUGGAAUAUAUACUGUAUCCAUGCUGCUGUGGUUUUUGCCACACUUGUGGUUGUUUUUGGAAUUAUUCUAAGAAUAAGCAGGAUACCAAUAAGUGCUGUAACCUCAAAAGGCAGCAGUCACAUCUUCAGUGGAUGCCAUUCAAGGGGAUCUGUCACUUCCCAGGAUUUGUACUAUUAUAUUUACUUAUCCCUUUAAUGGAAAAACAAAAUAGAAUGUAAAAAUCCACAUCUCUUUAUCCAGUAACUGUACACCUCCAUCUUGGUUCCUGUUAUUCGUUGAUUCAGUGUUUUUUUGUUUUUUUUUUAUUAUCAAAGUGUUGCCGACAAGUUUCAGUCUCUUUUUUUGGCACAUUUUUGGUUUCAUCUGUUUUUCACCCUAAAUGUCAUAUUUGAAUAUGUGCCAUUUUUAAAUAUAUACAACCUUUUCACUGACUAUGGGGAUUUAUGACUUUUUCAGCAAAGCGUAGCGCAAUUUUUCUGCUACUUUAAAUUUGACGGACUUCUGAAAUUGGAAUUUCUGUGAAAACCAGCAGAAUUAACUAUUAAGAAAAGUCACUUUAAAAAUAAUUUUAAUAAAUGCUAUCAAAAUAAAAUAAUCCUAACCUCCUACUUUUCAGAACACUUUGAUAUAUAUCUGCUAUUGUUUCUGUUUCUCCUUCUUAUUUACAAUGUUGGCAUUGUCUGAACUGGAUUGUGAUGAAAUUUGCUAAUUUUCUUUCAUAUAAACUAAAAAGAAAACCAAGCAUCACAUGAAAAAAAAUGGCAAAAAAUAAACAGUUAUUUUGGUGGGUUUACAUGUUUUAUUCAGUGGUGUAAAUGCCAGGAAAGAGAUUGCUCGAUAGAUUACCUUUUUCUGUUUGGGGUGCCUUCACCACCUGGUUCUGACAUCUUUUAAGAGUGCAUCCUAUGGAUCGUUUUUCCCAUGAUGCUGUGUGUCCUGGGAAUAAGUUAUAAGAGACCCAAAAACACAGUUAUACUCUGCACCCAUCUAGACCUGAGUUUUUCCUGUAGCAGAGUCUGACAAUACAAUGGAAAUUGGUACUUUAGCUGGUUUGCUAGAACUGUCGAGUAAACACCAAGGAGGGUUACACUGGAUGCAAUGAUAAAUCUGAGAUUAUUUUUAGUGAACUAUAAUCUCAGUUCCCUGUUGCCCUAGGUGAUUGUACAUACAGUUUAGCAAAAAACUCAAAGUGAAGCCAACCUGUUUUGUCAACUGCAUAUAACCAGAAGCCUGAAUAGUGUAUAAAUCGCAUGUAGAACCGGAAGAUUAAAUAGAUUACACCCAUAAUUCAGUAUGGCACCUACCCCAAGCAGGAAGUCUGGUAUAAGAAUGGUUUGUUUAUUACUUCACAUGAUGGUGGGGGGUAAGUGGGGUGGGAGAUAUGAGAUAUGCUUGAUUUUGCCCAAGAUUGUAGGGACCACAAAACACUUUUUUUAUUUUUUAUUUUUUCUGUCUUUGAUUAUAUCCUGCUAAACAAAUAGACUUUUUUUUUUUUUGUCUAUCACAUUUUUCAAAGGUUCAUCUUUCCUACCAUUAUCAUAAUCUCCUUUUAAAAUCGUGGAUUCCAAUUUGAGCUUUCAGCCUCUAGCUCUAUGAAUGGAUCUCCCUGACAUGCACAUACAAGGCAGUAUCAGAGCCUUUACUGUUUAGCAUAUGCUAAAUGAUUGACAUAAACGGUAACAGUAGAUCUUCAAUGUUUGAGGCAUGAAGACUUUCUUUAAAAUGUAUCUUUCCCGGAGGGGGCGUGGCUAACCGCCGGGCAAGAUGGCAGCUUAAGAUUUUGCUCCGGCACAUGGGAUCCGCACACAAGCGAAAUAAUCGAGCAGAAACGAUAUAAAGCAAAACCCAAGGAUGUCACAGGCCAAGGGGAAGAAAGCGGCACCCAAAGCUGAUAAAAAUAACUUUUUCGGACAUAAAACACCCGCCGCAAUAGAAAUCACGCAGGCCAUGCUUACCGCCGCGCAAGAUGGCGCCGACAGCCCAGAUGCAGGCUCUCCCCUGACACUGCGGGACGAGAUACCACAGACUGGACACCUCACAAUAACCCACUUUGAAAGAGCAAUGGAAGCAAUGUCAGCAAAACUGAUACGAACCUGGCAAUCCACAGCCGACCAAAUAAAAAAUGAAGUCAGAGAACUCUCCAACAGAACAGCCUCAGUGGAAAGCGACUGCCAGGUCUUAAAAACGGCACAAACUGGAAUCUCCGAAAAUUUACUUACCUUACAGCAAAGAAUGGAGGCCAUGGAAGGAAAGCUGGCGGACUAUGAGGACAGGGCCCGCAGGAACAACCUACGGCUAAGAGGGGUCCUAGAAUCGGUCCAGCCGGAUGAUCUACAACUGUACGUUAGGGGCCUGAUGCAUGCCUAUGCCCCAGACAUCCCCUCAGACAUGCUACUGAUUGAUAGAGUCCACAGGGUCCCUAAACCAAAGCACCUACCGGACACCGUGCCUCGCGAUGUUGUACUCAGAGCACACUAUUACCACAUCAAAGAACUGGUGCUCCGGGCCCACCGCAACAAACAAGGGCCGCACGAUGACUAUCCAUCUGUGAUAAUUAUGGCGGACUUAUCAGCCGCAACGUUAAGGAGGAGAAGGGACUUCCAGCAAGUCACAACGGAACUAAGGGACCGAGGCAUCCGCUACAGAUGGGGCUUCCCCACCAAGCUUAUACUGACGAGGAACGGAGAAACUAAACUCUUCUCACGACCAGAAGAUGCCAUGAACGAACUGGCGAGAUGGAGCCCGCGCAGUAAACAGAGCACCCCUCCUGCAUCUUCGGCCCACAGCCGCAAAUCCACAAGAACUGAGCGAAUGAAUUAACUGAAGAAAAAAAAAAAAUAAAAAAUCUCUCUUACGGCGCAAGUAUACUGACAUUGCUGUUAUUUGAUAUUUUUAUUUAAUAAUUUUAACUUAUGUGGUUUCACAUGCUGCUUCAGAUGUUUAAGCACGCAUACAUAAUUUUGAUGCCGCCACUACCACCACACACAGCAGGGCCAGGGUGCACCGUGCCCAAGCAGUGACAUGCCAACAGGUGAUCACCGACUGACACCGCAGACAGGGGAGACGGCCUGGGCCCCAAUAUACACACAGGCCCCAGAGGGUAGCACAAGACCGACCACAUACCAACCCCCCACCAUUAAGGGUACACCAAGGAGGGAUGCCUCACAGUCCGACAAAUUCCCAGUCACAGUGUCACACGCGGAGACGGAAGGGCGAAUGCUUGUUCGUACACAGGCACCCAACCCCACAAUACAACAUGGCGGCAUGAAGCUGCACCACACAACAUAUGGUACAGCUCCCCAACAACACAAUCUUAAUCACUAAUAUAUAGACUCUACACCAAUUGACAUCUCCAACCCGAGCUGACUCCCUGCACAUAACGACCUGUACUGAACCACGGAGAAAUCGCUGCAUUGAACGACCCACAGACACCCACCAUGGCGCUGCCACGCAUGAGUACAGCAAAUGACAUAGCAGACAAUAUACUUGAUGCAACACACAAAGUUAUGUGUUAAAUGUUAUAAUUGUUACAAACGUUUACAAGUUAUUAUAGUUUCGGACAUCAUAUAACCAAAAGACAUACUGCAAUAUGAUGCCUUGCAUAGCACAAUUGCCUGAUAUGAUGAAGCUCCCCCCCCCACCCCACGCAACGAUUGCGCAUGUCCAUAUGACCAUCUGCUCCACCCUAGUAAACAAGCGGAUCCCGCAAGCCACCCACUUGGAUUACCACUACUCCAAUCCCCCACGGUACGACCAGCGUACCAGACCUAAAUAGGUCAUUGUACAUACUGCCACACCCCCUCCCGCAGUCUCUCACUCAAACCCACACCACUCUAUCCUCACCUAGCCCCCCCCACACCCCCAGUGACAAUAAGAUCACGCACAAAUCUACCGCAUCCUCUGGACCCACAAACAUGGCACACAUGACUCUCUACUCCCACAACACCAAGGGGCUGAAUACGCCACACAAACGAAGAAUGCUGCUGCAAGAUUUGAAAAGUCACAAAGCAGACAUAGUGUGUCUCCAAGAGACACACUUCGCCACCAACAGAACCCCCACAUUCGCUGUCCAAGACUACCCCACUCAGUACCACGCCACCCACUCCUCAAAAUCACGAGGAGUCUCUAUUCUCUUACAUAAGUCACUCACCACGGAAAUACUCUACGUUAAAAAAGACAGCCAAGGUCGGUUCUUGAUCCUCCACUGCAUACUGAACAACCUACCGUUCUUGCUGGUAUGCCUAUACAGCCCAAAUGACCAACAACGAAACUUCCUACAUAAAAUCCUCGCCAAAUUGCCACAUGUGACGAACACACCCACAAUCAUCUGCGGAGAUUUUAACCAUACCAUGAACUCCUACAUGGACUCCACAAUAAAAGCCGACUCCGCUAGGCACACCACCUUAAAGACGGCAAACAAAGCCUUCACGAAACUGAUUCAUGAAUACGGACUAUACGACACAUGGAGAACACGCAACCCGAACGAAAGAGAAUACACGUUCUACUCACAGGUUCAUAAAACAUACUCAAGGAUUGACCAUAUCCUGAUAUCAGGCACCCUUCUCCCAGCCAUCACUGACUGCUCAAUAGGGAACAUAGUCUGGUCUGAUCAUGCACCACUAACAAUGACCAUACUAACUCAACACCAACACAGAGGAAAACCACCGUGGCGUCUAAACGACACCCUGCUCCACGACACCGUAUUCACGACAAAACUCACGAACAGCCUGCAAACAUAUUUCGAACUCAAUGACCUCCCGGAAACCUCCACCGCAGCCAUUUGGCAGGCCCACAAAUCUGUCAUGAGAGGCCUUCUGAUAAGUCAAGCAUCAUUCCUGAAAAAAAGAGAACGGGAACACUUGGAUCUUCUAAAGAAACUGCGAGACACGACCAACGAACACCUAUUGAAACCAACCGAUGAACUAGCCAAAUCUAUAGCACUUAUAACCAACCAACUCAACACAUUAGCUCUAAACAAGACAACUCAUAUCCUAACGAAGUUGAAGAUGACAACAUAUACACAAGGCAAUAGAGCAGGGAAACACCUAGCAACCAUCCUCCGACAAAAACAAGCAAACUCUAAAAUCCCGUACCUGCUCAACAAAAAGGGAGGAAAAAUCCACAACCCCCAAGACAUAAACGAUGCAAUGGCGGAUUACUACCAAGAGCUAUAUAACCUAAAAGAUGACCCUGCGCUACACAAACCCACAAACGAAGACAUAACAGACUAUCUCCAAAAAACAACACUACCCACGCUAUCUACAACACACAAACAAAGUCUUCAGGCCCCAGUAACAGUCCAAGAAAUCAUAGACACAAUUCACACGCUCCCAAUAGGGAAAUCCCCUGGCCCUGACGGGUUAACUAACUCGUACUAUAAACAAUUCGCACACAUCCUGGCCCCCCACUUAAUCAAACUAAUCAACCACACAUUACAAACUGGAACACUGCCAGAGGAGAUGCUAAUAGCUCAUGUGGCUACCCUACCGAAACCGGGGAAAACCCCCAACAGAAGUCAAAACCUACGGCCAAUUUCUCUACUGAACACGGAUACCAAACUCAUCGCAAAAAUCUUCACGAACAGACUCUCCCCCAUCAUCCCCGAGCUAAUUGGCAAGGACCAAGUGGGAUUUGUCAGUGGCAGGCAAGGAGCCGAUGGCACGCGGAAAGUACAAAACCUCUUACACAGUCUGAAGGAGAAAAAGGCCCCAAGCAUCCUCCUAUCCCUAGAUGCCGAGAAAGCAUUCGACAGACUCCAUUGGCAGUUCCUACUAGCGGUCCUACAAAAAUUUGAAUUCCCCCCCCAAUUCCUCGCCCUUAUCAGAGCACUAUACUCCUCCCCUACGGCACGAGUGACAAAUGGGGGAUUUAUCUCCAAACCCUUCAAAAUUUCGAACGGCUCCCGUCAAGGAUGCCCACUCUCCCCAAUACUAUAUAUCCUGGCACUCGAACCCCUGGCCCAAAUGAUAAGAGAUGACUCCGCCAUAAGCGGAAUGCAUAUAAAAGGGAAAGAAUAUAAACUAACGCUGUUCGCGGAUGACAUUCUGCUAUCAUUAGAGCACCCACAUAUAUCUCUACUCCAAUUCCAUAAAAUACUGGCCCACUACAGUAGAUGCUCUUUCUACAAAUUAAACAUAGCAAAAACACAGGCCCUGAGCAUUAACAUCCCAAACCAUGACCUGAACGCCCUGAAAACACAUUUUAAAUAUGAAUGGAGACAAGACCAUAUCAAGUUUCUAGGGGUCAACUUCACACCCACACCCGCCACCUUAUUUAAAGCAAAUUACAUAAAACUUUUAGGGGAAAUCAAAUCCACCACACAAGGAUGGAAAGACAAAUAUGUAUCAUGGAUGGGACGGAUAGCAUCGACGAAAAUGAUACUCCUACCUAAGAUACAAUACCUCUUUAGAACGCUUCCCCUCCAACUCCCCACAAAGCAUCUCCUGGAAAUACAAAAACAAAUUAACACAUAUAUCUGGGAAAAUACAAAACCCAGGGUAGCGCGCACCACUAUGUUCAGACCACUCUCACAAGGUGGCAUGGGCUUACCUGACAUAAGAGGAUACUACCGCGCAGCACACAUAGCCCCACUCCUCUCAGCAUUCCACCACAAAGAAGAGAUGUCCUGGGCUGAAAUUGAAAAAAGAUAUGCUAACGGACUUUCCCUACCAACUAUGGCCUGGAUACCGAAACACCAAAGACCAAGCAACAAAUCACUACUACCAACAACUCAACUAACUUUAGCGAUAUGGGAUAACUAUCGCAAAAAGAUGGGCAUUCUGACGAAAAUAUCCCCAGCCCUCCCACUGGAAGCUCUAGGCGCCAUCAUCAUGGACUUCAACUACAAGAUAUGGAACAAACACGGAGUACGAACCAUUUCCCAACUCACGACAAACUCCCACCUCAAACAUUUGCCAGACCUCCAACGAGAAUUCCACUUACCUGCAACAGCUACCUUCUCCUACAGGCAACUGCAAGCCUGGUUCACUCUACAGACAAAGAAAUUGUCGAUAACCUUCCCAGAACCACCUCUACUGGAAGUCGAAAAAAUAUGUCUAGCAACCAAACCAGCCAAGAAACUGAUCUCACGGAUUUACGCCUCAGAAUGCAAUCAACUCUCGAAAAAAACCCCAUCCUUCAAAACAGCAUGGGAGAAAGACAUCAAACACCCACUUACUGAAGCCCAAUGGCAGAAUAUUUACAAAGCACACAAACAACUGACACUCUGCAUGAACCAUGUGGAACUCUCCCGAAAAGUCCUAUACAGGUGGUACCUGGUGCCCACACGCCUCAAGCUCAGCUUCCCCGACACAUCAGACAUAUGCUGGAGAUGCCAGGCAGACAAGGGCACCAUGAUCCACAUUUGGUGGCACUGCCCGCAACUCACAACAUAUUGGCUGGAAGUAAAAGAACUAGCAGCAAGAUGCACCAAAACGCACCUACCACUCCUACCGGAAACCUUCCUUCUACUUCUACUCCCGAACAAACUUCGGAAAAGCCACAGAUACCUCCUCUAUCACAUCAUCAUCUCAGCACUAGCAACCAUAAGCAGGAAAUGGAAACAAACAACCCCACCGACAAUAGAACAAUGUAUCAAAGCAAUUGACGACUCCAAAUACUACGAAAUAAUGGCAAGGAAAGCGAGACCAAAAGCAACAUACCACACUACAGCAUGGGAAAUGUGGGAUGAGAAUAAGCUACAACCCCGUAUAUGAACUCGCAUCCAACAAACUGCACAAAAACACCACUGGAGGACACUCAACCACUUCCUAACAACAUGCUUCAUGACGGAAGCACUUCCCUCUCUCUCCGCCACAACCCCAGCAAAAGAACCAGAGGAAUCCACAACCCUCCAAGUCACCCUGCCCCCUCCACCCCACCCUCCCCCCCCAGGAACAAAUACAACACAGGCACAUUAGCCCACGACAUCCUUAUACACCAACACAUACUCUAACGGAUAGGCUAAUGACCCAAGCAAAAAGACGAACGACCCCAACAGCAGCAGGGACGAGACACAAGACAUCAUCAAGCAAGCAUACCUUGUUCCCCUACGCUGGAACACUCUAACGAGCACGUACACUCUGCAACAACAUGUUACACAUGGUACCUAGCAUGAGGCACAAACGAACAGGGGAGCAGCAACAAAUCGUAAACCUAUGCCCACACACUAAACCUUGCAAACCUGAAUCAAACUGCUGACUGUAAAAAGACUAUGUGUACAAAGUAUUAAACUUGUAUAUUAUAUACUGUGUUCCCCCCUUCCCCCCCCCCCAGCUCUCUUCUAUACCCCAUCUCCCCAACCCGAUAAAAUAAAAUAAAAAUUGUCAAAUUCAAAAAAAUGUAUCUUUCCCUGCAGAUCAAUUGGAGCGUAUCGUCCCGCUGGAGAAAACACUCACACAUUUGACAUCACCGCAAUGCUCAAGUCUGUCGGUAUAUUCUUAGGGAUCUUCAGUGGAUCGUUCGCUAUGGGAGCAGCUACUGGAGUGGUUACAGCAUUGAUAUCCUUCUCUCCAUUAAUUUAGAUCUAUGUAAUAUACAUGGGGUCUUUUAUCUACAUAUUACGUGUGUAAUGUGUCUGUUUUGCUUCUUGCAGCUUAACACUUACAAUCUUAGCAAAGCAUUACAAGUCCCUUCUUCUCAAGAUUCUUUUAAAGGGUAUUAAUAGAGAUUUAGAUUUUUUAUUUUUUUUUGUCAUUUUAUUUUAAGAAACAGAAAUGUACCAUAUGGACCAGUUUGGCCACGUUAGCAAACAUUCAGUAAUAGAUGCAAGAAACGUAUUGCAUUGUGUAUUAAAUCACUGGGUGUAUUCUCCAAAAAAAUAUUCACAAUAUUCAAAAUCUCUAAAAAAAUAAAUAAAAUAUGUACACAUUUAAUAGCCAUACAUAAUCACAGUUUUUUUUGUUUUGUUUGUUUUUUGUUGUUGUGUUCCUCAUUGUGUUUUUGUGCUUAGGCUGCUGUUUUAGACUAAGACUCAUUGUACACCCGUGUGUUCUGUAUGAGCCUUGACAAACUUUCACGUCACAAAGUUCACCAAACUGCGUGAGUUUCCACUUUUAGAGACUGGUCUGUUCUUCUUGAUGUCCUGGAGCACCUUUCUCCUUGCUGAGGCAUGUGGUUACACAGGUAGGAGGGGAAAUAUUUUCUUACCUUCAGGCUAGCUAAACUUAUUCUAAAUCAUUUCUGUUGCUUUCUGCUGCCCUGUACAAUGCAUUUUUAUUUAAUUAUUUUCUCACCUCUCUGCUCUAAACCCUUAGGGACCAAGGGUAUUUUUUUCAUAAUAAGACCAGAUUAUUUACCGUAUAUACUCAAGUAUAAAUCGACCGGAAUAUAAGUCGAGACCACUAAUUUUACCCCAAAAAACUGGGAAAACUUAUUGACUCGAGUAUAAGACUAGGGUGGGAAAUGCAGAAGCUACUGGUAAAUUUCUAAAUAAAAUUAGAUCCCAAAAAAUUACAUUAAUUGAAUAUUUAUUUUGUGUAUACAAUGAAUGCAGUGUGUGUAUGUAUAUAAUGCAUAGUGUGUGUGUAUGAAUGCAGUGUGUAAUGUGUGUAUGUGAUGCAGAGUGUGUACCCUUUGUGGGGGGUGGGCAUUUUUUUUUUAUUAUUAUUAUUUUAAUAUUACAUUUUUUUUUAAUAUAUUUUAUUUUUAUUUUAAUAUUAUUAAUAUUUUUAUUAUAUUAUUUAAAUUUUUAUUUAUUUUCGUCCCCCCUCCCUGCUUGUUAGCUAGCCAGGGAGGGGGGCUCUCAUUCCCUGGUGGUCCAGUGGCAUGGGCUGUGUAGGAGGGGGCUGGCAGAGAGCUGUUACUUACCUUUCCUGCAGCUCCUGUCAGCUCCCUUCUCUCUCUCCUCCAUUCCGGUCAGCUCCCUUCUCCUCCAGUGUAAGUCUCGUGGUCUCUUACCCCGCGGCUCUCGCAAGACUUACACUGGAGGAGAAGAAACUGACCGGACCGGAGGAGAGAGAAGGGAGCUGACAGGAGCUGCAGGAAAACUAAGUAACAGCUCUCUGCCAGCCCCCAACAGGACCGCCGGGCUUGUAAUGAGCUCGGCGGUCCUUGUCUGUAUUAUGGCAAUGUAAAUAGCCAUAAUACAGACAUUCACUCGAGUAUAAGAGUGGGGUUUUUUCAGCACAAAAAUUGUACCGAAAAACUCAUCUUAUACUCGAAUAUAUACGGUAUUUUCAUGGGUUUGGGAAGUUUUCGGAUUUGGGACAGUUAUACUUUACUUAUCUCUAAUGCUCCCUCUCACAGCAAGUGAGGUUAGGCUUGGACAUUAAUGGUCAAUCAAAAAUUAGAUGGCCAAAAGUUUAAAAAGUAUUCAACUCUGGAUUACACUAUUGUAUUCAAAUUGUUUUGGUUUAGUUAAGAAAAUCACGACAAAACAAACAACAAUACAAUAAAUGUUAGUUGUAAAUAUGUUUAAUGGCGAAUUCAAUCUUAGACCAACAUUCUGUCCGUGCAUUACCAACAUACAGUACCAACACAUUGCAUUGCUAAAAUCUGUGAUUCAACUGCAUUGCAGGCUGCUACCCUGCUACCCUGAAUUUAAAUUCAACUCCUUAUCUGGAUUAUUUUUAGGAGUGCUGAAAGGUAUGCUGAGCUUAAUAAAAACCAAAGAAUAAGUUACUUGCGCACUAUUCCAGAUCCCUAUGCAUAUUUAAACAAAUGGAGGUUUGUUUUUUUUAGUAUCACUCCAAUGGCAAUUAGCUGAAAGCCCACCUACCACGUCAGGGCAAACCUCUUAGGCGAGUCCUUCACGAACAAUUCAACUUGCUUGCUUCAGCUUAAGGCAAAAAAAAGAGACAGAGAGGGGUAUUUUUCUAAACCCCUACAUACUUACUAACCCUUAAUAGGAAACACAUGGGGUGGGCUGUAACAUGGCUGUGUGAUGCAAAAGGCAAAUACACAAAAUCAAGUCCUGCGCUCAAGCUCCCACUACUCCUGGGCGGCAGUAAUGCUGAACUUAAUGCACUAUUUAGUUUUGUGUUUUAAUUUAAUGCAAAAUUGUACAGUGACAUGUAUACACUAUGCUCUGGCAUUCCAUAUAAAUUAUUUUAUAUAAUUGUCGUACAUCAAUCAUAAAAGUGUAAAAUACUAUUUGAAAAAAGGAACUAAUGAUACAGAAUUUUAAUAGUUUAGCGGUUGAAUCUUAGACUAGAAUUUCCUGUAUGGGGAGAAAUUACCUACUUCAGCUUAAUGAGGUGUCAUGCAUUUAAAGUGUUUGUGUUUUUUUUUUUUUUAAAUGACACAGAGAGUGCGUUUCGUUAAUGCACAGACCUUUUUUUUCUACCCCUGUCUACCAAUUUUAACCUGUUGGACACUGGUUUUAUUUCUUGCCUUUCAUCUUUUGAAGGUUGUUGAAAUGAAUGUCAUUUCAGGAGACUGAAACUAUGCAUUGAGAACCUUGAAUGAUUUUGGGUAAAAACUGCUCUCUAUAUGUAUUUCCUAAUUAUCAUAGCUAUCAUUAUGUGUGUUAGAAUUUCUUCUGCUGUGUUGGGAAAUGGGUGAUAGAGGAUAUUAACCAUUUUUGACUCUGCCUACAGGUGUUGUUGCAGUUUUGUUUUGUGGCAUUACUCAGGCACAUUACACCUAUAACAACUUAUCAACAGAAUCUCAAAUCAGAACAAAACAGGUAUGUCUACUUGUAUAUUGUCUACCUAGGUUCAGUAGACUGCUUUGCUCCAGUCUCGGGUUGCACUCAGUAUCUCAUUGAUUGACAAGUCAGUCAUUCCAUUCUUUAAAAGAAGACGUAAAAUACAGUGUUUAAUGAUUACGUUAACCCUGCUCUCAUGAUGAGAAUUGUUCUGUGUGAUUUAAAAAAAACAAAAAAAUUGGGUUAUGGAGUGAGGAUUCUGGUCUCUUUAUGUUAAUAACCCCUUUUUUUUUUUUUGAGUGAGGAUUCAUAUCUCUCUCCCAUUGUCUUGUGCCUUCCUUAACACACAUCUUCAUCUGCUCUCUCUCUUCUGGCGUCAUCCCUGCUGACCUUAAACAUGCUACUAUAGUACCUAUCCUAAAAAAAAAUCUCUUAAACCCGUCCUCCCCCUCUCACUAUCGUCCCAUAUCCCUGCUCCCUUUUUUCUCGAAGCUUCUGGAAAGACUUGUCUUUACCUGUGUGUCUCGCUUCCUCAAUUCCACCUCUCUCCUUGACCCUCUUCAUUCUGGUUUCCGCCCUCUCCACUCUAUUGAGACUGCUCUUAUCAAAGUUACUAAUGACCUAAUCAGAGCUAAAUCCAAAGGCCACUACUCCAUACUAAUUCUUCUUGACUUCUCUGCUGCCUUUGACACCGUUGAUUAUGCUCUCCUUCUUCAAACUCUUCAAUCACUCUGUCUCUGUGACUGUUCUCUCUUGGUUUUUCUCUUAUCUCUCUCAACGCUCAUUCAGCGUCUCCUUUUCCAAGGAUACCUCCUCCCUUCAUCCUGUCUCGGUUGGAGUCCCCCAAGGCUCUGUCCUUGGUCCCCUUCUAUCUUCUCUUUAUACUGCCUCUCUUGGCAAACUUAUUGUCUCUUUUGGAUUCCACUACCGCCUGUACGCUGAUGACACCCAGAUAUCUCUCCUCCCCAGACCUCUCCCCUGCCAUACUGCAACGUGUCACUGCUUGCCUUUCUUCCAUCUCUGACUAGAUGUUGUCCCGCUUUCUGAAACUCAAUCUCUCUAAAACUGAACUCCUUGUUUUUCCUCCACCUAAUACUGAUUCUCUUUCGUUCUCCCUUCAAGUUAGUGGUAUCCACAUAAGUCCAUCCUUGCAAGUGCGCUGUCUUGACGUCAUACUUGACUCUGGCCUCACCUUUGAGCCUUACAUCCAGUAUGUUGCCAAAUCCUGUAGAUUCCAACUUAAAAACAAAGCCCGCAUCCGCCCCUUUCUUACGAAAGAUGCUACCAAGGAGCUUGUCCAUGCUCUAGUAAUUUCCUGCAUGGAUUAUUUUAACUCUCUCCUGAUUGGUCUUCCCAAAAACCAUAUUGCCCCUCUACAGUCUGUAAUGAAUGCCGCCGUCAGAUUGAUUUUCCUCUCUAGUCUGUCCUCUCACACCUCACCCCUAUGUCAGUCCUUACAUUGGCUUCCUGUAUCCUAUAGGAGUCAAUUUAAAGUGCUAACCCAUACAUAUAAAGCACUGAACAAUUCUAGCCCCUCUUAUAUCUAUUCAUAGUCAUAGAUAUGCCCCUUCUCGGUCUCUCCGCUCUGCCCGUGACCUUCUCCUGUCCGCUGCUCGCACCCGUACGGCCAACUCGCGCUUGCAGGACUUCUUGCGGGCGGUUCCCUUCCUAUGGAAUAGCCUGCCUACCGCCAUCAGAAUCUCCCUUAGUCUUCAACCGUUUUAAGAAGGGCCUCAAAACCCAUCUCUUUAGGAAAGCUUAUGGUCUCCCAGAGUAACCUACCUUAAAUACCUGUCUCUUGCUCUCUCCUAAAGGGCAGUACUCUACUCUCUCCUCCAGCUCUGCUUCACUCCCACCUUAUUUGAUUGCUAUUUCCUGUCCUGUUGUGUUUUAUACCCCACCUCCUAUAUACUGUAAGCUCGUUUCAGCAGGGUCUUCUUCAACCUAUCGUUCCUGUAAGUUUUCUUGUAAUUGUCCUAUUUAUAGUUAAAUUCCCCUCUCAUAAUAUUGUAAAGUGCUACAGGAUCUGUUGGCGCUAUAUAAAUGGAGAUAAUAAUAAUGUAGCUGUAUUGUCUCACGAUAAGCCAAUAUGUGUUCCAAUGGGUGGAAUACACACUAUAUGUGAGGUAGGAUGGCAUGGUAGCAAAACCUGUUUAACAUGUAACUGUCAAUAGCAUCUAAACUGUUUACUAAUCAUUGCUUCUUGUUUUUCUUCUCAGCUCUUCGAGCUUUUGAAUUUUUUGGCAGAAAACUUCAUUUUUUCCUAUAUGGGUCUGGCUUUAUUUACUUUCCAGAAUCACAUCUUCAAUCCUACAUUUAUUGUUGGUGCCUUUGUAUCCUUUUUCCUGACUGUAACAUUGUAAUGAGACCCAAGCUUUUGUGUUUUGGAGUGUUGUGGAAAAAAUAUAUAUCUGCAAAAUGCCUUCCUGUUGCACUCAGGUUAUUAAAAUAUUAUUAUUAAAAAAAAAACCUCACAUUAUAGGUUGAGACCACCAUUUUUAAUGUGUACAUAUGUGUAUUAUGGGAAAAUAAUGCCAUGAAGGAGUUCUGGAAAAAUCAAUAACUCCAGAAACCCAAGAUGACCUUAUCUUCCUCGAAUACACUGUUCAUUGUUAUGUAUCCUUUUAUAUAAUAUGAUAUGGCUUUAUUUGUGUCUGCACAAAUAAUUUAGAAAACAACCAAAAAUGUUAUAUACACAUUCAAAGUCCCUGCUGCUUCUGCCAAUUCACUGCUAGCAGUGGAAGUAGAAGAAAGAGAUAGCACUUCUCGUGUGAGAAUAGCCACCUGGAUAUUUAAACAGUAUAGAUGCUAAUAACCAUGGUUAGACUAAGGGUAAAUGAUAUAACCUUGGGAAAACUACGUGAGAAAAAUUACUAGGAAAUCCAAGAUACAAGCCUUAUAAGACUACUCCUAUGCCACCUUGAUAAAAGUAUGGGAAGGACGUGGUAAGAUAAUGGAUCCAAAAAUAAAAAAAGCUUUAUUAGAAAUUUAUCAUCCUUGGAAUGUCCCACUGGGGCAUCCUUGGAAUGUCCCACUGGUGUGUGGAUCUAGUGGUCUGAUUUAAUCAACUUUUGUUUGGUAUAUCUCUCCUCUAUUUCCGCUUCUGUUUUUGUUUUUCUAGCAGUGAUCUCCUACAGCACACCAAUUAGGAUCCUCAUAUGUGUUGUGUUUUUGUUUUUUUAAUGACUUUUAAAACUCUGCCCAGCAAAAAUGAACUGGACUUCUUGCAGCAUACUCUUGAACCUCUAACCAUGCAAGUAGCUGCUACUCAGGCGAGGUAGGGACCUGGGAAUGUAUAUAUUGGUCAGAGAUUGAUGGCAGAGAAUGUCCGUUCUGCUGUCCAUCUCAGUGGGACUAAUAUAGAGCUGCGUGAUAGAAUAAAGUUGUACACAUGCAUUCUGAAAUGGCACUGAAUAGAUUAUAAAGAUUUUAUGUAACAUCUUAUGAAUAUUUCACAGUUUGAAUGUUUUGCCAUAUAUUGCGGGCUUGUGUGAGACCCAUAUAUUGAGUUUAUGCAGAAAUGCUACUAGAAUGUAUAUUUUUAAUAAAAUAAGCUUGUAUUUCCUUAACCUGUAUUAUCCAGAUUGCUGUGUUUCUUGGUAGAGCAGCCAAUAUUUACCCUCUUUCCUUUCUACUUAAUCUGGGUCGGAGAAAUAAAAUUAGGGCAAACUUCCAGCAUAUGAUGAUGUUUGCAGGUAUAAGAGCAAGUGGCACACAGUGUUAAUGAGUUUAUCAGAAUUUCUGCAUUUACAGUAAACCUUACUAAAUGAACAAACCCAUACGGGCAUUGUUAUAAUCAUGCAUAUCCCAAUAAAUAUACAUGAUUUGUGUGCACAUCACUUAGGCCAAUACCUAGAGAGGUGUGUAGCCCUUAAUAAAAUCAGCAGUCCCAGAUGAAACCUAUUCAUUCCAUCUUUUUGGAGAUUCUCUGUACCCCACUCCCAUUGUCACUACAUGCACACCUGCUCCUUCCCCCCUUAAUACUGCAUCAUUUCAACUCCUCUCCAUUUUCAUUACCUGUGUCCUGUAACCCACAACUCAAGUGUAUGCGCCAAUAUUUUUUUUGAGUCUGUAACUUCAAAAAGGUCAUGGUGGUUAACUCAGGGUCACCUAUGACAGGCAGCAUUUUACUGAAUUGUGACAUUCUAUGCAGCUUGCCAUUUAUGCUUGAUUGAUCUGGCUAGGGUUAUUUUUGUGUGUUUUUUUUUUUUUGCUACAAUAAUUGACACAGGCCUUGGAAAUGUAACCAUUUUCACAUAAUACUCCUUACUGAAGAUUUUCAAGUGAAAUUACAUAUCUACUGAAUCUGAGGUUUUUUUUCCACACCAUCUUGAAUACUUAUUGCCACGGUUAUAUAGUGAUGGUAUAAAGAGGAAACACAAGAACAGGUCAACAGGAAAAUACCUUUGAAAUGUAUCUAGCUGGAAGCUGUCCUUUAGCUCCCAAUAGUCUUUGAACUCCAUGUGUAACUUUGGUUUGUAUCUUAGGGGACCUGCAUUCACUUAAUAAGUACAUUUCAGCUCAAAGCCAUAUUGGCUCGAACACCUUUUAGCUUAAUGGAGUGUCUUUGUGUGAAAUAGAUCUUUAUUGAUACAGCAAGUUUAUAAAGACCGAUUUUCCUUCGCAGAGGAAAGCUAACAUUUAUAACAGAGUAAUCCAAUAAUAAUAGGCAGUGAUGACAUAUUAGACAUAGUAUGUUGCAUGUACGUGACUGCGUUUCCUAUGCAGAGGAAAAGUGACUCUUAAAUCAGGCUAAUCAAAUAAUAAUUGGCAGUGUUAACCUAUUAACCCUGAAACGUCAGGUCGUAACUAGCAUGACCUUCAUCUUUGUUUACAACAAAUCUUUGAAGUUACUUCGGUUAUGUAUAGAGUUAGUGUUUUCGUUGUGUAGAUCAUGCCUUGCAGUUUCUCUCUUCCAUUCUCUGCCAUUUAGGCGUCAAGUCAAUUUGUUUAUGAAGUUGUAGCCACACCAUCCCUGGCUGUGUCUCACACAGCCUCCAUUAAGAAAAGGUUUAAUUUUUUAAAGAAUCUUACAGCACAGUUUGUAUUCUUUAGCAAUUCCUAUCUCUUACUCUUUUAAUUGAACUUUAUUCACACAUAAGUGGCUGCAGCAGGCUCUAGCACACAAUUAAGAGUAAGAAAUGACUUCUAAAUUAAACACAUUAUGAGAUAACAGAAACUUACAAAUUAGAUCUCUUUACGGAAAAUUGUAUGUAAUUUAGUGUAAAUCAUAACCAGAUGAGGUGUGGCUAGGACUGUAGGAAAAAAGUGAAAUGGCAGAUCAUUGAGCUGUGAUACUGCAGAAGGAUGACCUAUAUUUUACAACUGCGUCAGUAAACUAAAGUUGUUAUGGUGCUUUGUUUUCCUUUAUGGUAAGGUUUACAAUUGGUACCUCAACAUCUUGCUAGAAAACACCCACACAUUGUCAUAGACAUCUUGGUCCGUCUCCAGUUUUUAGCUAAAGGACAUUAUUGGUACCAAAACAACUUUAGCUCAAUGAAACAGUUUUGGUGUAUAGAUCAUAUCCCCUGCAGUGUCACUGCUCAGUUCUAUGCCAUUUAGGAAUUAAAUUACUUUGUUUAUGCAGUACCAGUCACACCUCCCUGCAUGUGAAUAACACUACCUCACUAAACACUUCCUGUAAACAGAGAUCUAAUGUUUAAACUGCCUUUAUUGCACAUUCUGUUUAAUUUAGAAUCUUAGUCCCUGCUCUGUUAAUAGCCUUGUAAUCCUGAAGAAGCAUCCUGUGUGUGAUUAAAGUUCAAUUUAGAACAGGAGUAAAAAAACUUCUUAGGCAAGUAAACAUCUGAUUAGAAAUUAAACCAUUUUGUUUCACGCAGGCUGUAUCAGUCACAGCCAGGGGAGGUGUGGCUACGGCUGCAUGGACAGAAACAAAAGGGAUUUAACACCUAAAUUACAAAGAAUUUAGCCAGUGAGACUGCAUGAGAAUAACCUAUACACUAAAACGGCUUAAGCUAAAGUUGUUUUGACGCCUAUAGUAUCCCUUUAAAUAUACAGCUGCCAAAUAUGUUAAUCCAUUAAUUUGAAAAAAUGUUUAAUUUCUAGGGUUACGUGGAGCAAUGGCCUUUGCAUUGGCGUUUCGAGACACUGCCACCUAUGCAAGACAAAUGAUGUUCUCUACAACACUUCUAAUUGUAUUUUUCACGGUUUGGGUAUUUGGUGGGGGCACAACAGCAAUGUUAUCAUGCUUAAAUAUAAGGUAAGGAAACAGUUAUGUUAAUCUCCCCAUUAAAAAUGGAAAUUUAAACAUAUUUUAACUGUAUUAUUUAUACUUCAUAACCUUUAUCUACAUGACGACGUUGAUUUGGGUGAUUGAGUUGUAAGCCAAUUCUUAUAGUUCACAUGUUCUUAACAUAUCCAGACUUUGUAGUUUCCUUUGUAACAAAAAGUAUGUUUUUGUUUUUGUUUUUUUUAAAUUCUUUAUUUUCUUGUGCAUAGUAUUUUCAAACAGGUAUGUGCUGCCAUUGCAGUGGAGACAUUGCUUUGAUAUAAGAUAUUUAGUGACAAUUGCAUGGCAUCGAUGUAUAUAGCACAUUUUUCAGUAAGGAAUAACAGGGAAAUAUAACAGUUUGGUUAGUCACAUCUACAUAAUGAAGUUGGUCCAGUAUUUUGUGAUUUUCGGCCAUGUAAUCUGUGUGAUGGGUUGUAGUCUACUAUGGGACUAGCUCAUCGUGGUAGGGUGUAAAUGCUGGGCAGGUGUGGCGGUUCGAAGGCACUGCAGUGUCUUGUUUCUGCUGUAUGACUAUCUGGCUGGUCAUAUGCUCUCAGAGGGGGCAUUGUGGUUAUAUUGUUCUUCCACGUUCAUGUCUAACAUGCUGUGUGUAUUAUAAGCCUGGGACACAUGUUUUGUGUUCGUGUCUGGCGUAGCUGUACCUGUGUUGUCGUUGGGGGUGUCUUGCUCUGCCUCAGCAGUGAGGUUGAGGAACCCGUUACCAAGGGGGUGCCGGGGGGCAGGAGAUGCGUGUUUAUGGGGACUAGUCGCCUGUCAAUGCUUCUACCGUGUUGUCCAUUCCGUGUGGUAGUCAGGGUCGUAGGGCUUUAUGUCUAUGUGGGUUAUAGGCCCAGGGACCUGAGUGUCCGUGAGUUAGUCGGCUCAGAAGAGAGAGAGAAAAAAAACACAAAACAAAAACACAAACAUAUAGUAAACAUGAAACAUUAAGGUAAUAUCUGGGAGUUUCUCCUUUGUUGGGGUAAUGCCGGUGUGUGGGAUAAUAAUCGGACUCGGUCUGCUCUUGGGUUUUGCUACCCGGCAAGUGUUCGUGGAACCUGAGCCCCCAGUCCACUUGUUCCCGGGGUGUGAGGUGAGGCAGUCAUGUGCUCCUUGUGUUCUCCGUGGCGUUUCGGAGCCUGGUUCGGCAGGUUGAGGGUUUUCAGGUAGUUGGAGGCUUCAUCUGGCGAAGUGAGGACUUGUGUUGUCCCUGCGCAGGUAACUUCCAGGGAGCCCCCCGCUCCCCACCUGUAGGCUAUACCUGCAGCACGUAGCUGUGUGGUGGCCGGGCCGUACGAUUUACGCCAUAGUAGCGUGGCCCUCGAUAAGUCCUGGUAAAAGGUUAGCUCUGAGUCCUCAAAGGGUAGUGGUGUUCGGUCCUUGAGCGCCGCCAUGAUGUGGAGCUUAUCCUGGACUGUGACACAUCUUAGGAUGACGUCUCUAGCCGCAGGGGAUCUCAGGCGUGUGUAGGUCGGGAGCCUGUAGAUUCCAUCUGUGGAGAUUUUCUUUGCAGCUGCGUGAGGAAGUAUACUGGACAGGAGGCGCCUGAUGUAGUGAGGCAAUUCCUCUGCUGUGAUUGAGUUCGGAAUCCCCCUAAUUUUUAUGUGUGUGCGCCUUUGUCGAUCCUCUAUGGUGGCCAUUUUGAGUGCCAUGAGUUUUUGGUGAUGCUGUAUAUUUUGUACCUGUUCAUCCAGCGUUGUUAGGUGUGUUUGGACCUCCACCACGUCUUGUUCUACAGCUUUUACCCGUUCCGUGGCCGCUUCCACCUCUGUCUUGUGGAGGGCCGUGUCGGCUGCCAAGAGCUUGUGUAUGUCAGCGAGCAGGAGUUUUAGAUCUCCCUUGGUGGCUGGUGCAGCAUCGGCAUGGGAUUCAGGCUGCUGUAUCAGUGCUGUCUGCGUGGUCGGAGGGGUCUCUGGCCUCCCCUGCACCGGGUGAGGAGUGUGGUUUGUUUCCCCCUCAUCUCCCGCGGGUAUGGGUGCGGGACGUGGCUGCGCUGGGCGUUGCAGCAGCGCGCUUAUGUCUCUGCCAUCUGCCGCUGGUUUCUGGGAUCUGCGCCCUAUUGUCGGCAAGUGAGCUGGUGUUUCGGUUGGUGAGGGGGUUGGUGGAAGCCCCUCUCUCUCGGUCCGCGGCUGAAGCAGGAGUUCCUCCAGGUCCCGGAUCGCGGGUGUGAGGUAGGCCCUGGAUUUGUGCUUCCGCUUAGGCAGCUUUUGGGGUUGUAAAAACGGCAUCUAUCGGUGCCUCUUAUCUUGCUGGUUCUGGCUGUGUGGUUGGUAAGCCUGGAUGGGUGCCAGUUUCUAGGAUAUUGCCCAGAUUAGAUAGUUUUGUCGGGAGUUAGUGAAAAGAGCGCCUGGUGCUGUGUGGUAGCAAGCUCCGCCCCAAAAAGUAUGGUUUUAAAAAGUAAAUGUAGUCUAUUAUUUACUGAACAAGCUGAUUUCAAGCAAUACUUUUAUACACACUGCAUUAUAUAUACCCAGUGUGACAAAAUCACUAUAUUUAGUCGAAUCGAAUGCGCUCUUUUAAUAGCAAAAUAAAGUCUCCAAAAUUUUAAUUAACAUUAGAUUUGAUGGCGCAUUAAAUUCAAGUACGAAUGGCACAUUAGAUGCAACAGACAUACAACGCAAAUUCACGAAGGCGAAAUUCACAUUGCUGCGACAGGAAUGCAAGACUUGGUUUCUGUGUACAGUAAAGCUGUACUUUGCAUUUAUGUCGCGAUGUGAAUUUCACCACCACCCCCCCCCCCGGUAUCUCCUUGUACAAAUGCACAUUACAUUCGCCAGCAAAAACUGGUGAAGUUUGAGACAAAAAAAAACUUCUUCCAUUGUUCAAGCAACAACCUCCCCCCCCUUCUGUAAUAUCUGUGGAGUGGAGUAUAAUGAACUAACCUUUCAUGCUGGUGCCAUGCAUUAAACAAAAACGUCCUUGUUUUUUAUUUCAUUUGGCAUACCCAGAAUGUAUGGACUCUCUUACUGGCUCAUUCUCACAGACGAUCUGCAUCCAUUCCACUUGAUUCAUUUCAUAUUGAGUAUUCUAAAGGAUCACUUAUAAUCUAAUUAAAGAAAUAUAUAUAUAGUUCUACCCAUGCUUGUCCACAUUUGGCCAUUAGGUGUCACCUUAUAUCUUUGUACACAGAGAGUGUGUGUGGUAGCAAAAAUUAAGCGACCUUUUGAAAUCUUAAAAGCUACCAUUGUGCUUUUUUGAAAAGAAAAAAAGUUUUGUUUUUUUCUUGUGCCCCAUCCUGGGUAACAAGACAACAUUGAAAGGUGAAUUCAUACUGUAUAUUUCCCAAAAUGUAGGGAGAAAAAAGGAGUAAUAUCACAAAAAAUAAUCUUAUCUACAAAUACACAUGCAGACAUAAAAAUAGUGUUCAUGAGGCUUGCAAUCUAAAUCUAAAAAGCCUCCCAGAGUAAUUUGUCAAACCGUUAUAGGUACCAGGUGAGAUGUAAUAUCAUUCUGUUUGAAGGACACCACAGCCACUAAUACUUCAGCAUUCUCUACUGAUCAUGCUAAUUGAAGUGUUCCUUUUAGAGUUACAUACAAAUCAUGCAUUAAAUAAUCUCAGACUACACAGUCUGACCUGUACAAUGUUUUAGGAGGAACAACACCCACGUCACUUUUUUUUAAAUUCUUUAUUUUUGUAGUGCGGGUUACAACCAAGUUUGCAAUACCACGACAGCAUCAGCAGACAAUCAUUAUCAUAUAUAUUGGUGCAUGGCAUGGAAAUACGUUGCACAAUUUUUAAAGAAAAUUAAGUAAUGUAAAAGAAGAUAAUGUAGAUUAGGCAUAAGCUUUCACUGAGUGAUGUAAACUGAUUGAUUAUACAGGUAGUUAUGUCCAUAAGAAUAUUUUCUGAGUAGACAUGCCUCACUGCACAAAUUCUGUCUAGCACAUACAUCGCUAUGGACUACACUUGAGAUUAGACAAGCUGAGACUUAGACUAUUCAGGCUUUUUAGUUUCAGGUGAUAAAACGUUAUGCUAGGCGUUGUGGAUCCGAGGGUUGUUUCACUGCAGCAUCGUUGGGAGUUAAUUGCCAUCUAUGUGUAGAGGUCAAAAGAAUAAAGCUGUAGGAAUCAAACUGAGCUAGUAUUUUCCUGUGCUGAUUUAAGCUUAAAUCAGAGAAAGCCCUCUAAUCAUGACAGAGUAAGGUAAUGUAUGUAAUUAAACAAGAAGAAUAAACUUAACAAAAAGAUUGAGGGCAUAAUGCCCUUAAGUGGUAGCAUGCAAUUCCAAUCGUUGAGUAGGAGGCAAAAAUGCAAAUAGCAGGGAUAUUAAAGCACAGAAUAUGAAAUCAUAGAAAGAAUAUAAGUACAGUUCUGUGGUAGGUUUGAGAAAACCUCCGCCUGGUGUCUGCACCUUAUGCCGCGUAUGGGUCUCUGCAAAGCGUACAUGGCAGUAGUGAUUUCUCAGGCCUAGGUAUCUUAUUCAGCUGAUGCCUGCCAGGGGUAUCCCGAAAUCCUGCAAUGCAGCAAGGUGGUGUUCAUGAGGGUGGGUGACCCUGCAGAGUCUGUGUGAGGCGGCACUUCUUCCCACCCCGGCCUGCAAUGGGACCAGUACCUCGCGUAACUGGGUGACUGCUUGAGGCUAUUAUUGACAGGUGUGUGUCUCUCAUUGGGGUUCUGUCUCAUUGGGGGAGUGUAAUGGCGUUGUUGAGGUGAGGUUUCCCUUCUGCCCCUGUGCUGUGUGACAGCUGGUUCCUUCUUGCCACGAGCCUGGGAUCUGCCAUGGUCCAUGGGCCUUCUCAGGUCACUGUCUCUUGUGUGUGUGUCGUGCUCAUUUGAGGCUUUUUGCAUCAGGCGGCAAGUCGGCUGUCCUUCACCCUCGCCUCCCCUAGUAGGCCCCAACUUGCUGCUGCGGUUCCCGGUCAAUGCCGGGUGUCGAGUGUGGUGUCGCUGGGUUCGUAUAUGCUUCCCCAGUCCAGUAAGCUUUGUUGUGGGAGAAUCACAGCACUGUAGCCUGAGAUAGCAGCAUAGUUUGAGCCUGUGCAGCAGGAGUUCAUGCAGAGUACGUCCUGUCAGCUUGCUAGUCAGGCUCCGCCCCCUUUGGUGUUUUAAUUGAUCACCAUACAAACCAUGCCCUCGUACAAAGGACUAAAAGAAAUAGAUAUUAGUUUUGCAAUUCUCAAACAAAGGAUGGUGCACUAUGUUUUGUCACAGUGACACAAGACAUAUAUAAAAUAUACUUGCUACAAUAAGAUUACGGAUUGUAGGAACCUGCCUUAUUUUGUCGUUGAAUGAAAAAUUGUAGGCACAAUAAGGUAAUAGCAGAUGUAUUUUUAGGAAGAAUUACCUGUUUAUUUUUGUUUUGUGUCAUAUAUCAUUAUAAUAUAUAAAUAACCUAAUCUGUUUCUUUUUCAGGGUUGGUGUGGAUGCAGACCACGACCAGAUGGUAAAUAUCUAUAUAAUAUAUUUUAAAUUCCCUAUUGUUUAAUGGGUUUCCGACUUGUGGUAUUUGUGUUCCAUAGACAUUUGGCAUAUUUAAAAUUUCACAUUAAAGAACAAAGAAUUCACAUUAGAGUUUAUAUUCUGCAUUCUUCUCAGACAUUUGGCAAAUGUUUAGGAAUAUGAAAAAUAUCUAUAGAUGAGAUGAGUUUGUCUCAUAUUUGUGUGAGAAAAUUCAAACUUGAGUUUACGUCUAAAGGUUUAUCCCAAAAUCUGUUUUCUAGAGUGAUUACACGAACAUUACUUGUGAUCUAACUCCAGAGAAAUGUAAAAACUUGGUAAAACAUGCUUUUAUUUUUCAGAUGUGUGGGUGGCACUCUGAGAUGUCACAUAUUUGCCCUCCUGAGGCUUUGUGAUUUAAUCACACUAGAUACCAGCAGAGCUACAUAAUGUGAUCUAGGUUAAGAUUGUAUACAUCCCAAAUUAUCACAGCAUUCCAAACAGUGUUUGCAGUUUGAGCUAAUGACUCUGCACAGGGGAAGAACAAAAUAUAUAUUUUUAAGCCCUUGAAAUAUUUGUGUGCAUGAUGAUUUAAUGUAUUAAGCUUCAUAAGGCCUCCAGGGUCAAACGCAAAUAAAAUGUUUCUUCCUGUACUCCCUGAUACAUGGUGUGUUGUCAUGCCAGUAAAGCCAAAGUGGAAGCAUAUUUGGAAUACUGGACGCUCACUCCAGAAUCUGGCUAGUUUGGCUAUUUUGGCCUUAUGGUUGAAAUUUACGUUGCAUGCUCAUAUUAGUGAAUAACCCUGUUAAUAUUGUACUAAUACAGUGCAGAAGACAAAUAGGCUUUGGAGAGCACAGUACUCACUAUUUUCUGAAAGCCUGGUCCACAUUGUAGCUACAAAUCUAUAUUGGGCAUUAUGGGCAUUGGCUCUUGGGAUGGAGCACUUUCAACAAUUUAAUUAAAAAAAAUAGACAUUCUUUGCUUCAACAAAAUCACUUACACCAAUGUCCGUGUCAGUAAUAAAAUCCUUAAAGGUAGACUAGGUAAGAUAAUCACUUCUUCUCAUUGAUGCAACUGUUCAGUAUGAAAUCAAUCUCAAUCAGUUUGACACUGAAUGAGAGUCCUUGGCUGCCCGUAGCUCUGCCCUUUGGCUAAUGUGGGAUAUAAUGCCACUAUAGCCAUACCAAUUUGUGACGCUCUCAGCCUAUCAGUGCCACCCAUCACUGCUUGGAAUAAUGUGUAAGCAUUUGCCCGAGAAGCAGAGAAAACUGUUGAACAUUGGACAGUGGGGCAGUGCCAGGGGAUUCUGGGCACUCCAACCACUUCAAUGAGAAGUGGUUAUGGUGCCUAGAAUGUCUCUUUUAACCCCUUAAGGACACAUGACAUGUGUGACCUGUCAUGAUUCCCUUUUAUUCCAGAAGUUUGGUCCUUAAGGGGUUAAGACAUCUAUUUUGCAUCUGCAAUUUUGCAUUUGUUAUCCUUAGAUUGAGGUUGUGAAGCAAAGGGGAUUCUUUUGUGUAUGUGUGUGUAUAUAUGUAUGUGUGUACAUACAUAUAUUAAAAAAAUAUAUAUAGAUAGAUAUGUUGAAUAUGUAUAUUUGUGUUUGUACUAUCAAUAUAAUAAUGUACCUAUGUGUAGAUCAGAUGUAUUAAAGGAUUUAAAAUCUUAACCUUCAUUUACUUUUAGGGGGUUCCUGAAAACGAACGUAGAAGUACGAAAACAGAGAGUGCCUGGCUUUUUAGAUUGUGGUACAACUUUGAUCACAAGUAUCCUUCACAGUUAAUAGAGUUUGCAGCAAAUCAGUCAAAUGAGUUUGUGAAAUCAUUGCUUUUUCAUACAUUACUGUUUUGCUUGUAAAGCUGUAAUGUACAUUUAGUAAAAACCUACUUGGGAUUUUUGGCAAAUCAAAAUCUUGGCUUGCAGGAACUUGAGAUGAGGGUCCUUCUGAAACAAGUUUAUAGUCUUACGGGAUCGGGACAUAGUUACACUGUGAGAUACCAAGCUAUAAAACUAUCUGGGAAAUGCAUAUCUGUGAUAUACAGAGUAUCGGUUGUAACAUGGUGGUGUGUCUGUGUGGCGGGGGAGGGAGGGGGACACUAUUUAGGCUGAUGCAAAGAUACGAAGUUAGAUUCUACUUCCUAGAGAAUAUGUUGCUAUGGAAUGUUUUAUUUAUUUACUCUUCCUUAAGUUGCACAGUUAUCUCAAACCUCUUUUGACACACAGUGGGCCACCACUUACGGCAACACUUCCCAGUUGCUGUGGGCCAAUUGCCAGAUGCCUAACAAGUCCACAAGCUUAUGAGGUAAACACAUUCAUGUUAAAACAAAAUGUAAAAUAAAAAAAACACAAAAGACAGACUGGCAUUCUUGGUUUCUCAUAAAUCUGUUUGCACACCAUGACAACCCUCUUCAAUUCUACAUUUCUUAAUCAUUGAAAUCUAUCUCAAAUGUGCAUUUUUCAAUUGAACAUCCAAGUAUAAAUGUAUGAGGGGUAUUGCUAUUGUUGAAGUGAUUUCUGCACAAAAUCUUUGGCCUGACAGAAUUAAACUGGGCUUAAAUUGGUAACUUGAUUAUAAACUUUUUUUCACUGUUAUCUUGUCACCUUCUUUGAGCUUUCUACCAGCCCCAAUACUAUCCACAUUGUGCCCACCUCCUUUCCAGUAGUGAGGGAAAUGAGUGACUAGUUAUAGUCUGCAGGCUGUAGUCUAUAACAUACAGAUUUGGUGUGUGUAAAGUGAGGGGGCUCUCCCCUUGUUUCCUUUAGAUAUGUGGGGAUUGGUAACAUUGUGCCUAUAAUACAAUCUGAUGUUUACAUAUUCUUUCCAAAAGAGGGUGUAGCUUAUACAUGGAGCAAACUCUUGUAAGUAAGCAAAGGAGCAAUUUUAGGAAGUUCUGUAUUGACGUUAACUAAGUAACUGCUGGUUUUUCAAGCCGAAAAGCACAAAAAGCUGAUUUUUUUUUUUUUCUUAUUGGAAGCUUGGCCUGCAACCCUGAUGUUUGAAUGCUUAACAAUGUUUGUAUGUUACAUGUUUACAACUUGGUAGGAUGAUCUUAAAACAUGAAUUCCAAUUGAUACUAGUACAAUCUUUUUAUUUUAGAACCAGGAGCAGUUGAAAGAUGAUGAUGAUUCGGAUCUCAUCUUGAAUGAUGGCGAUAUAAGUUUAACAUAUGGAGAUUCCACUGUGAGCACGGAUCCUGUAACUUCCAACAGUUCUUCAAGGAGGGGCGUAGGUAACAGCUCAGAGGAUGCAAUCGAUCGAGAGCUUGCUAGUGGAGAUCAUGAACUAAUCAUAAGAGGAACACGUCUAGUCAUGGAGGAAUGUGAACCCCCAGUAAGCCUUCAAGUCACCAGGAGGCCUAGCCCUAUGUAAUGUCGUUGGGCUGGUUGGCUGUGUUGGCAAUGGAGUUUUCGUUUGUGUAUUUAAUCUUGCCACUAUACUGUACUACCUAAUGCAUGGCUAAGAUUGUUUGUUUGAGCUAUAUAAAUGCUGUUUAUAUGGCAUAGGAGGAAUAUCUUUUGUUUGACUCAACUUUAAAGAUCAAAUUCAUAUAUUUUUUUUUUCUUCAAACCAUUUGCACUUUAAGUAAAGCCAUCGAAAAAAGUAGUUGCACAACAUCUCCGAUAAUUAUGAACAUGUCUAUCCUCGUACACUUUCCUUUUACUUGAAAUAUUAUGUGGGGUUAAUUUAACAUUUAUAUUUUGUGUUUUGUUUGUUAAUGUUUAGCUUAAGUAUAGUCAAUGGUAGCUCUGAGGUUGUUGUGAAAUAACCCUUUAUUAUGCUUUACCAGUUAAAUGAUUAUUUUGCCCUGGUUUACAAUGGCCAUGAUUCUUUGUCAAAGCAUGAUGGGAGCUGUUGUUCCACAGUGGUGGAAGAGCUUUUGGUUGACUAACCCUGGUUUAAAUAAUAUAUUGUAAUUUUGUUAAUAUUGGGCAUGUUUAACUCUCUUGCUGGCAAAGGGUCUUAAAUUUGAUAUGCAACACACUGUCGCAAUUUGUGCUCUCUAUUUAACUCCGUCCAUUGGCUCAUAAUAGCCAAACCAUGAGUAGCCUAUUUGAAACCUAGAGACCCCUCUCUCUCUCUAUCAGAGCCUGUCUGGCUUCUCUUCUGAAACACUUACAGUCAGAAUGUGUCUGUCUUGUCUUGUGUUUAUUUUUAUGUGGAUUUCUUUUUUUUUUACUUUUUACCGCCUUUUAUAGAAGGAAAAAAAAUAAAAAAAUCAGUGUUUCCAGCCAAAAAAUGUUUUAAGGAAAAAGAGUAGGGAAAAAACUGGCUUUUCAUUCCAAAGUUUAUUUUUACACGUUCAUGACCCAAAAGAAUUUUGCAAUACCAUAGUGGAGAUUAUGAAAUCCUCUUGUAUUUAUUUUCCAUCUGCAAAGCAAAUGAAAGGAGACAGUUCAUCCCGAUCCUUCAGAGCUUAUUUGUAUGAUACUGACCCACUCCUGCAUCUGUUAAUAUUGUACAUAUGUGUACAGGUUGUAGAAUAGUGUGUGCGUAUAUAAAUAGGCCAAAUAAGAAAGGACAACCCUUAUAAAUUGUUUCUUUCUUCUUUAAUCAUUUAUCUCCACAGAUAUCCCUGUCACAUGUAUAACCUUUACAUUAUUUUGUGUGUGAAUUAAACGUAACAAAAGUGGGCGUCCGUGAAAUGGUGGUAAAGUGAACCUGUAAUGGAAAAAAUGACUUGCCGAAAAUUGCUUCCAUACAUUUCAUACACCAUAUAUCAUGAAGAUUCAAUGUAAAAUAGAAAGAUUUACUCACUUUUCCUCUGUUCCAACGCCGUGUUGUAGGUGUUACGCUUCCUUCACCUCUGUUCUUUUCUGAUUUGCCCUGCUUGGGACACAUCCCCAAGUAGGCAAAUCUCAUCAGUGACAUCGGCAUGCUGGCUUAAUUGCCGGCGUCGAAACGUAGUGAAGUGACUUCACUCCGUUUCUAUAUUCCCUAACCGGGGUUUCCAUAGCAACCACAGUGCAUGCGCUGUGGUUGCUAUGGGAGGAGAGCAGAGAAACCUCUUUUCUGUCCUCCCUUGUCAGUCAAUGCCUUUACGUGCAUGUUUUUAAAUAGGUUUUUCUCUAAAUCUAUACAUUUUCCAGCAAAACUGCUAGCACAAUGUAUAGAUAAAAUCUGUUGUUUGGGACAUGACUGGUGCCCUUUAAGUAUAUAAUACGUGCACGAAGAGUAAAAUUACUGCUUUCUUUCUUUGGUUAUUUGUGCAAGAUUUGCCAUUUGCUUAACUGGACCUGUCCGUUCUGAUUCUUACAAAUUUUUAAAUCCUGACAUAUUCGCCAGUGCCAACUCUGCCAUGAUUAUGCCAGGUUUGUGUAUUGCACUUAUGUAACUGCCACUAUCCAUCUACUGUCUGCUCCCCCACUAGUUUGGCUCUGUUUCUAAUCACUUCCCAAUUCAGGGCACACUGCCCCUCUGAUUCCCAGCACAAACAAAGUAAUGUCAGUCUCCUGUAUUGCUCUGCAAAGAUUGCUCGCUAGAGAAAUAAUCACAGCAACUACAGCUAAUGUUUUGUAGCUGCUGUGUAGGAAAGCUGCCUGUAGGAGUGUUCUGCUUUCACUAAUUGAUCUUGUCUCUGUAUGCUGGAAAUUGACUGACAACUGACUGGAGCGACUAUUUUUAUUUCAUUCUGUUUCGAAAAUACUGCUAACACAAUGUACAGCUGAAAAGUAAUACUCUUUAUUUUUUAAUUUUUUUUUUCAACUCAACAUAAGUUUGUGUACCCACAAUAGGUACUCUUCAAGCAUCUUUGCUGUUUAUUCUCAAAUGGAUUGUUUAGCAUUAUUAAGGUGAUCAAGACCUAUAGGCUUGAAUAAUCGCCAGACUACAGCCCCCCCUCCUCCCCCCUCAACAGACUGGUCUGUGGGAAAUGCAACAUUAGGUUCUUAUUGUUCCCUUCAAACAUCAGCUACCUUAUAGAGCUGUCAUUAAAUACAUUGGAUAAUCCAUGCCCCAGUAUAAUCUUUUAAGGGCAAGAUUAUGUGCCAUGGACAGUGUUUAUGUCUUAUUGGCUUGCAAGUAGAAUGCACUUUGUCUUUGAAGUGAUUUUCUAAUGUGCUUUACAACUUACUGCAAAAACUUCUGCUUGGACUGUGUCCAUGAAAUGCACAUAUUGCUUCCAAAGCCCGCCAAGCAGCACAUGCAGUUACAUUGAUUGAAAGGAACAGUAAUUCAUAUAAGUAAAUGUGCUUUAUAUAAACUUACCUCAAGACAAGUUCAGUUAUGUAUAUAAUAAUUCUAGCUCUUGUCUGCUCUGUGUUUAAUUCUUUCAGGACGUCUGCUUUAGACAGAUGGGGGUGGGGGGGAAACAUGAGCUAUGGAAAAAGACAUUUACCUUGGUCUUUUAUCAUAUACUAAUAUGCCUUGAAUUAAAGGACCACUCUAGGCACCCAGACCAC